AUGGCCUUGCGAGCCGCCUGGGCGAGCGCCCUCUCGCUGGGCAGCGCGGAGAAGAGGGCUCCACCCGGCCGGGCUUGGGGCGGCCGCGACGGCUGCCCGGGCGGCCGCUGGUGGCAGCAGCAGCAGCAGCAGGCGGAGAGAAUGGCUGCGGCUGCGUGCGGCUCGUCCGCGGACCGGGAGCCCCCGGAGCCUCCUCCUCCGCCGCCCGGGGAGCCCGCGCCGCCUCCGCCGGCGAGGAAGCGCGGCGGGGAUUCUCGCCGGCGGCAGGCCGCCCUCUUCUUCCUCAACAACAUCUCCCUGGACGGGCGGCCGCCGUGCCUGGCCCCGGGCAAGACGCCGCUGCAGUCUCCGCAGCAGCAGCAGCAGCCGCCUCCGCCGCGCCCGCCGCCCUCGUCCGCCGCCGCGGCCCCCGGGGAGCGGCCCGACGACGAUGCUUUGCCCGCCUCCAGGCUCCUGCUCGCCACCCCACCGGGGCUGCUGCUUCCCGCCGCCGCCGCCGCCGCCGAGCUGGACCCUUCCCGCGGGCUGGGCGCCGCCGCCGCCGCCCUCCUGCCCCAGCUGCUGCUGGGCAGCCCGCUCUGCCCCGUGGUGCCCGCCCCGGCCGUCGCAGCCGCGGGGGUCUUGGCGAAGCCGGGCGUCGCCCCCGCGGGGCUCCUGAGCCCCACCCAGAGCAUCGCCGCCGCCGCCGCCGGAGGAGGGUUCCCCUUGGAAGUGCAGAGGCAAAGGUGAGCAGGGCCCUGGGGGCGGGGGGGGGGGGAGGUGUGUCUCGGAUGCCUGGGUCCUUUUUGGAAAAAGCGGGGUGGGCGGGGGAGUUCGGGCAGGUGCCUGCGUUUGACCGGUUUCCGGAUCUAAAUGCACAUAUAUACAUAUACAUGUGUCUUAUCUUCAGUCUUCUUGCGCUGCGCAAACGCUUUCCCUCUUUACGUCGGGUUUGGUCUCCGAAGGCAAUCGGUUCCUCUUACACCUACUCAGAGUCGCUCCUUUCUUCCUUGUUCCCCACGCCCACCUGUCCGUUUUAUUGGAUUACUGGGCAGAUAUAAUCGGUCGCUUGCAGGCUGGAGAUCCUGCCGUCGGUAUGUGUUUUGUUUUGUUUUAUAGCUAGCUAAAGGCUGCCCCAGCGGCGUCAUUUGUAAACGCUGCAAUAAACAAACGCGCACGAAGGGGUUAAAAAGGCCCACCUGCUUUUAUAUGGUUGACUUUUUCUUUAUGGAAGAAGAGCCGCCCUAAGACUACAGCCAUAACUUACCUGGCCGGACUUUUUCUAUUUAUUUUUUUUAGUCCAUGUAGCUCAAUAUUGUCUACACUGGCUGGCAGCAGCUCUCCAGCGUUUCAUGCAGGGUUCACGCGCAGCCGAAUCCCUCCCGGCUCCAAGGACUGAACGUGAGACAAAACAGAUCUUCUAUCACUGAGCUAGGGCCCUUUUCCAGUGCAGGCUUCAGUGUGGAGUAUUUGUGAGUAAAUAUCCAAACAGCUGCACUGUAAACGGUGCUUACUCUAAAGCAAGUCUGUGCAGGAUUGCAGACCUGCUCCAACAAGUCUCUUUAUCUGAAGUGUAUAAAGGAUGAGAGAGUCUUCCUGGCAUCUUUACUUUUGGUGUGGAUUCUUCUCUUUCCUUUCCCUGCCCCCCCCCCCCCCAGCACUUGGUCUUAGAUGCUAAUAAGGUAUCUAAUAGGCUAAUAGGGUUUAUGAGGCUUAUCUGGGGAUGGGGUUGCUGCUAUUGUUGAUGUUAUUUUAUUCUAUCAUUAUUUUGGUUCUUGGGAAUUAUGUGGACAUUGUUCAAUUUGGCUGUGUGCUUUCUGAUGUCUUAUUUAAUGUUUAUGACUAGUAUUAUUACGCUUGUGACUUUUAAAAAUAUGUUGUUUUAAUAUGCCGCCUUGAGAAAGGUUUUAACUUUGACAAAUAAAGUGAUUGAUGAUAAACUUACAUGUCUAUGUCUUACAACAUUUUAAUGUCCUAUUAACGUAAGCCCAUCUUUUCUUUUAAUUUCUUGCUGGGAAAUUAAUGUUUUGCUGGGAGCUAAGCUUCUGCUUCCCCCAAACCCUAGGGAAUAUCUCCCGCUCUGCUUAUGGGCCUCACUGCCCUACGGAGAGGUUUGGUGAUGAGUCCAAAUUAACACCCUACUUCUUUCCCUUUCAUAUUAUGAGAGUCUAAGUAACUUCUCCUGGGAGUCAUAACUCGACUGUGCUUUGAGGAUGCUCUUGAGAAUUCCACUAGUGGAAUUCAGGUUCUGCUUUGACCUUAUGGGACUUAGCAAAAGGUGGCAUGAGCUGUGCCUUUGUUUUGCUAGGUCUAUGGGGGAUACUAUUUAAUUUGCUGCUCAAAAAAAAUCAGCUGCUCAAGAGUCCUUAAAAUUAUUGUGCAUAUGUUGAGAGAAAAAGCAGAUUUUACCAAAGGGCAUGUAGGGUUGUGCUUGUGUGUUGAAGGAAUGGUGCACAGUGGUGACCCAAGCCCUGUGUCGUGCUUAGAGAAGAGUCAAGUGGUUUUAGCUCUGUUGAGUUUAUGAUAAUGUCCCAUUCGAAGAUUCGGGAGUAGUCUUCCCUCAGCCCAUCCUUCCAGAAGCCCAACUUUCUUCUGGACCCGUCUCCCACCUCGGAUUUUCCCUGUGUGUUGUCUUGCCACACAGAAACGACAUUACAGAGGGGGGUACCUUACAACACUACAAUUCUAUGAUUCCCAAACCGACAGUCGUUCAUGGCUGCCUGCAAGAGCCGCUGAAGUCUCUUAGACAACAGUAAAUAAAUUUAGCAGCAGCAUCUCUGUAGGAAGAAACAUAUUAAGAGAGUAAAUAAAGAUAGGGUACUGAUCCUCUUGUAGUAUAUUAUAUGCCACUUUUUUGACCCGAAGUCCACACACACACACACACACCCCUGAAAGGAGUGAAUAGCCUAUUAAAAACCAUAAAAUAUAUACUAGGAGGUGCAAUAGAAUGGCAUACAUCCAUCAGCUGGCAAAACAAUACAAGGCAGCGAUAUCCUAACAUAAGUGGUCCGAUGGAUUAAAGGAUGCUCCCUCCAACCAGAUAUCUACCUCUUAGGGGCUAGAAACCUGAGCAGGCGAUAAGAAAUGCUAUGUUUUGUUUUACAGCAAGCUUCGCACAACUAAGGAGCCUCUCAUCACACACAUAUAAGCCAUUUCAACUUUUCAUGGCAAACAAGUGAAAAUGUCAAAGAACACCCCACCCCAAAAUCCCCUAACAACUAGGAAUAAUUACAGUAUUAAUAAAUGUUGAGCAAUAGCAAAAGGCCAUUAGAGUCGGAGUGUUCCAUUUACAACAGAAAUCUUUUGCUUUUAGUGUUUAUUACUACAUGAAGCUUUUUGGCUACAGCCUUGGAGAAUGAGUGGCCCAAAGGGGUUAUUGAGAUGCAGUUGCCCUGAGCGACUUGGGACACAGGAUGCAAAUGGGAUGCGAUAAAUUCAAGCCAGUCUUUGCUUUCCCCUUCCUCCAAAGUCUGCCCAUGUCAAUAUAGGAAGGCAAGGCAAGAGAGGCUUAUUAAAAGGCUAACUAUUAUUAUUUUGUCAUGGCCCGCACACUACCAGACAUUCCAUAUAAUCAAGAACAUAAAUAAAUAUAUGCAUGUUGCGGUGUCAUCUGAUAACAAUGGGACCCUUAGAUUCCGGUCCACUGUGUGCUUCACAAUGGUGCGUGAAUACAACUCUCAUUCAGGUGUUGGCAAUCCCUGAAACUCUUGUCUAGGGUGCUGCAGUGUGGUGUAGUGGUUAAGAGCGGUAGUCUCCUAAUCUGGGGAACCGGGUUCGCAUCUCCGUUCCUCCACAUGCAGCUGCUGGGUGACCUUGGGCCAGUCACACUUCUUUGAAGUCUCUCAGCCCCACUCACCUCACAGAGUGUUUGUUGUGGGGGAGGAAGGGAAAGGAGAAUGUUAGCCGCUUUGAGACUCCUUAAAGGGAGUGAAAGGCGGGAUAUCAAAUCCAAACUCCUCCUCUUCUUCUUCUUCUGCAUGCCACAUUUAAUUCGCAUGACAUUGACUCUCCUAGAGUACCUGGAGAUUGUGUCUGUGACCUGUAUGCAGGGUCCAGGAGGAAGCAGGAAGCAAAUGCGUCGAGCUGGUCAGAAUAGUGGCGUUUUGAUUACCCAGUGUUCAGGAGCUUAAGUCCAUCACGCUUGCUGAGUGUGGCCUGGUAUGGUGCUCCAUGAAUCAGGGGUGGGGAUGAUCUGUCUCCCAGUUGUUGUGGAAUUCCUGUCAUCCGUGACCAUUGGCCAUGUAGGAUGAAGUCGAUGGAGUCAAGAGACCUUCAAGGAGAACCAUAGAUGGCUUUCCACCAAGUUUCUGAGAGUACCUGCAUUUGAGUCUUCUAAAGACCCUCACUUUUGUCAUGAAUAUGUUUUUCUCUAGGUUGACUGUUAACUGCUUUUAACACAUUAAUAACUUACACGUUUUACUCAUCGGUUGACCAGUUAGGGUUGGGAGAAGGGGUUGUUAUGUGUGGUUUAAUCCACCAAAUGGCAGCCCUGGGAGAGCAGAGCAAACUUCUCUUAUUGUGCUCUUCUAACCUGGGCACAAUGCGUUCCCGGUAGGCCUGUAAAUUCCUUGAUCUGGCCUGUAAAUUACCCUGCCCAGACAAAAACUAUUUCCCUCGUAUGUUUGUGUUGCUUCACUGCCCUGUCUUUGUUUGUUUGCCCUGGCUCUUCGGUUAUAAUAGGCUUGUUGUGUGCUGUCGAGCUUUGAGGGUGAGCCUCCGGAGAAGAGGAACGCCAAGUGUUUUGCAGGGAAGAAUUAAGAAUUGCUGCUUUUAAUGAAAGUCAGGCUGUCGGGUUCAGAAAUUUCCAGCCUGAGCCUGUGGCAUCCCAGAGCUCGUGUUUACCAAAAGCAUAAUUAUUCCUGUUCUGCUUGCAAAACUGAUGUUGCUGACUAACCUCUCUGCUAGCACCUCAGUUGAUUUUAUUUUAUUUUUAAGCAAGAAUCAUUACAUGCUAGUGCAUCUGGGAUGUGCAUGCCAGUGCAUAAUUUAGUACUACUGUAUAGAUGUGCAAUAAUUGAGAGAGCUGUAGCUCAGUUAGUAGGGAAUGUGUUGUACAUGUGUGGGGUCUGUUCCAUUUAAGAUCUUGGGAUGCAAAACUGUUGGGGGUGGGUUGGAUCCUGUGAUCCUAUCUCUGUUCCCACAAUCCAGCCUGCAUGUUCAAUCAAUACCUGGAGAGGAGGGGCACCUUAGCCAUGCUCCCCUUCCCUGGAUCUAUGUUCAACUUCAGGUCAUGCCCCCCUGACCUCCAAUCUUUGGGUAGACUGUAGCAAAGGGUUCUGUGCACAUAAAAUCUUUGUCUACCAUUAGGAACUCUGUAACCAGUUGUGCUUCCAUGCUGUCCAGAAUGCAGAGGCUGGGCACAAGGGAAGUGAGAAAGGUCAGAACUCGGUGGUGCAGCACAUUCUUUGUGUGCAAAAGAUCCCGGGUCCAAUCACCGACAUCUACAGAAAGGGCUGGAAAAAGGCUCCACUCUGAACCCCAGGAAAGCUGCUAACAGUCAGAUCCGACAGUACUGAGCUAGGUGGGUCAGUGGUGUGGCUUGGUAUAAGGGAGCUUCCUACAUACCAUCGGUUGAGAUUCUGCUCCCUACUAUGCCAGGGUGUGAGAAAAUGGCUCCAAAGAAGCUGGGUUUGGGCUAACAUGGAGAGCGUACUGGAUUUUUCAACUUUCAGCUUCCAAAAAUAAGGGGUGGUAAAAGGUUGUAGCAUGACUUGGGAAUUCAAAAGAUAUUUUUGUUAAAUUAAUACAAUUUAGUUUUGCUUGGUAAGUGAAAUGUGUGUGAAAUUGCAUAGAAAUAAUUAAAAAUGAUUGCCAAGUACUGGCAGUUAUAUUGUAUGUUACUAUUAUUGCUCGUUGUUAUUAUUAUUAUUAUUAUUAUUAUUAUUAUUAUUAAGCAUUACCUGACAUUUUUAGAAAGUAAAAUUAAAAUGCUUUGGUUUUCCAAAAGCAUUUCAUGUGCUUCUCCAUCAAAGAAAGACUUAGCGAGCCAAAUGUUGUCCAAUCACAAAAAUAAUAGCAGAUUUGAAUUUCUCAAACCCCAAAACAUAUUUAUAAAACCCCUCACUGAAGAAAUUUGGAAAAAUUAAGUUGCACCCCUUAAAAUGACACGCCCUUGGCUAACAGUGUGGCAGGGUUCGCAGCACAUUGAUACUGGUAUUCCACAGUUGGAGGCAGCAUGCACUUGUGGGAUUUUCAAGUGGGGAGAGCUCAGUUGCACUCAAGUCUUGCUUGCAUGCGUCCCAUGGGCUUCUGGUGAGCCACUGUGAGAACCGGAUUCUGGAGCAGAUAUUCGUUUGUCCUGUCACAGCAGCCCUCUUCUGAUAUUCUUCUAUCCAUAGAUGGCACCUUCUUCUCUGAGCUGGCGUAAGCACUGCACAGUUGUGUGUGCGCGUACUGCAAUUCUUGUUAGCACUAAGAUGGAACAAAACAAGCUCUUGGGAAGCGGAAUUCAGUUUCCUGAAUACCAACCUUUUAUUAUUUUGCAAAGAGUAGGCUUCUCGCAGCUGCAGUGAUAUGCCUGUGAACUGUGUGGGCAAUCGUUCUCUCAGAGCCCGGAGCGAUGGCCAAAUAAGAUUUCCGGGGUUUGAGGAGGUGUAGCCAAUGGCCUCCAUCUUUCCCUUCACUUCUCUAGGGCAAGCAGAAUAAAUGAUGCAAUCAAAAACAUUGAAAUGAAUCAGAGUUGCUUUGUGGAGUGAGAGGGGAGCACACACACCAUCUAGCAAAAACACCCUUGCUCAAAGCAGGAAAUUUGGAUCCUGAGCAUCCUCAACAGAGGCUAUCCAGCCUCUGCUUCAAAAUCCUUCGCUGCAGGUGAAGCCACCACCGCUCUAGCGACCUGGAUCCAUGGUUGAACAGCCCCUGCAGUUAAGAAGUUUCUCCUAGUGUUCAUCCAAAAUCCAUUCUCCUGUUAUAUAAACCUGUUAGUUCUAGUACAAUGACAUGGCUUGUUUAUCUGCCCCUUGCUUGGUCCAGCUAUUGGUUGGUUUGUCUCAUUGGAAUUAUUUGUCGUUGUGGCAUUAGUAAUUCCUUCUUCAGGAACAACCACGCAUUGCAGUCUCCUUUCCCUGUUUAUCUAGCCAUUGAAUCCUUCCUUGCAUUACUUGAGGAAGGGUUCUAUUUCAUAGGUUGUACAUAAUAUUGGACUGCCUGGGUAGGGAACACUUAAAGCGGGGUUGUUUUUAGCAUUGAGUGCUAAAAAUGCAACGGUGGUGGCGUUGCCUUAGACUUUUGGCAUUGCAAUUAGUUCAUUGGUGCAAGGAUGCACCCUUCUCCCCUCCCCUGCCCCUUUGGCCCCUUCGCAAAGCCUUUUGCUCUGUGACCUCUUCCUGCAGUCCUCUUGUGAUCAGCGUUCAAAAUUUGCCAGGUGCAUUUUGCACUUGGCUAUCGUUCACUUGUGACUAAGUGAAGAUGCCCAGGCGCCAGGAUACAUGCCUGGGGAUCCUUGGAUCUUGCCUGCUUUCACACACUAACAACACAUCCUGUUAUAUUUUAUCUGCACAAUCAGCACAAAUUUCAGGAACCAAAAAGUUGUAUUGAAAAAUAUGGCUUUCAAGCCCUCUGGCCUCCAAUUGGCAAUGACACAUUCUGUUUUGGGGACUGUAACCCCGGUUUAAAGAGCCAUUUGGCGCCUAGCUUAUAUAUCUGAGCUUCUAACGCUGGUUGUGAUUCCCUUUCAAUCCUGGCAUAAACAGGAUUAAAGUUCCAGGCUUCCCGUUGUGACUGACGUAUCAGUCGUCUGUCACUGAGAAUGAGCCCAGAGUUUCUGGAGAGCAACCCUUUGGCUCAGCCCAUAUAAGCAAGCCAGGUGCUUUGGUGACCCCUCUUGCAGAUCUAGAACAACCCUGUCCUAAAAUAUACAGGCUGCAGCAGCAUCCAGGCUCUGCCUGCAUCAUAUAAAUCAUAAUUCAGCCUCUUCUUGCGCCAAGCCACAUUCAAAAGGAGCUGUCACAGCAUGGUUGCUGCGCAAUGUCCUUGCCGUGACCCUUUGAACAAGCUUCUCUUUCUUGCCAGAUCUCCUUCCAGUUUGCCAGAUGCACGUAACUGGCAGAAAAUGCAAGGCUGGAAGCUUGUCAGGUAAAGGCAGCAGGUGUGCCUCCUGUCUGUAUUGUGAAUUGUGCUUCCCUGGUGUUGCUUAAACAACCAGAUGCAGCCCUUAAAGGCUCAGAACAGAGAGAACUGCCCUACAGGAUCAGACUGUUCCUCCAUUUAGUUUUGGGUUGUCUGUGCAUCAAUGGGCAACGACUCUUAAGAUAAUCCUUUCUCCAUAACCUUAUCCUCCUAGCUGCAGAUUGAACCUGCAUGCACAAAGCACAGACUCCACCACUGAGUCUUCUUCCUGACCCAUCCCUUUGCUUUCAUUAAUGAUAUGCUGUAAUCCAGCUACCCAGUGUCCUCCAGGUUAGCCCUAGGCAGCCUGGCACCGGGUAGGAUAGAACACGGCCAUUGUAGUAGUAACUGGUGGGUUUUAGCCUCUAGGGAAGGGACCAGUUUGGGACCGAUUUUUUGCAAGCCCUUUCUUGGCUAAAGGACAGGGUAUAAAUGCUGUAAAAAUAAAAUUCGUAGUAUGAGCCAGCUGGUGAUUUGUAAUAAACCAAACUAAACCUAGACAGCAUCUUGCCAACAAAGGUCCGUAUAGUUAAAGCUAUGGUUUUCCCAGUAGUGAUGUAUGGAAGUGAGAGCUGGACCAUAAAGAAGGCUGAUCGCCAAAGAAUUGAUGCUUUUGAAUUAUGGUGCUGGAGGAGACUCUUGAGAGUCCCAUAGACUGCAAGAAGAUCAAACCUCUCCAUUCUGAAGGAAAUCAGCCCUGAGUGCUCACUGGAAGGACAGAUCCUGAAACUGAGGCUCCAAGACUUUGGCCACCUCAUGAGAAGAGAAGACUCCCUGGAAAAGACCCUGAUGUUGGGAAAGAUUGAGGGCACAAGGAGAAGGGGACGACAGAGGACGAGAUGGUUGAAUGGUGUUCUCGAGGCUACCAGCAUGAGUUUGACCAAGCUGCGGGAGGCAGUGGAAGACAGGAGUGCCUGGCGUGCUCUGGUCCAUGGGGUCACGAAGAGUCGGACACGACUAAAUGACUAAACAACAACAACAACCCUCAGCUGAGAUUUCUUCCAGAAACAUUAAUCAGGGGAGCAGGUAGCCUCUCUUAUUGCCUUGCUUUCCUUAGUUUCUCCAUCCUCUGGAAGCAAUGGAAGGAGCAAAGUGGCAUUGCUAGGUAAACAUCCCGUAAUAUCAUCCCUUUCUGGUGAUAGGGAAGACAGAGAAUCAUAUGAAGCUGCCUUUAUAUCAAGUCAGCCCACCUAGCUCAGUAUAGCCUACACUGACUGCCAGCAGCUGCCCAGGGUUUCAGGAAAGCAGCCCAUCCCUACCUGGCAAUGCCAAGGAUUGAACCCAGGUCCUUUGGUGUGGAAAGCAGAUUCUGUACCACUGAGCCACAGCCCUGUCCCAGGGAAGGCUACAAGACCUCCUCUCCCAUGCACAGUAAAUAUCACAGGAAGGAACAUAGGCACAGGAAGUACAUGAGGAACGUGGAAUAACGCCUGCCCAGCCCCACUACCUGUGCUGUGAUUGGGUCUUGGAAACCUUGUUGUCGCCCCUGUCCCUGAAUUCCAUGGUGCAGCAGACCAUAAUUCCAGCUGUGUGAUCCAGGGGGAUUGAAGUGUGGUGGUGAAUUUGUGCCUCAUUAAUGAGCAGCUGACAGCAAAGCUUUUGCAAUUGCAAAAGAGCCUGCUCUCCAGCUGAGGCUUAGAGGUGGUCUUGCCCUUCUGGGGCAAGCCAUCUAAGUUUAGACUGAAAGGUCUUUGGGGCAGGUGAACUUUGCUGGCUUUGUGGUGCUGAUGUGUAUCCCUGGAAGUGCAAGCAAGAUGCAGUGUGGGAAACUUCACAUCAUUUAUAUCUGUGCCCCUUUAGGGGGUGGAGAGAGGAGCUGGAGAAUAGCUGCUCAGCAUCAAAUAAAGAAAAGAGCAUUAAAACCUUGUCCCUGCAGGCUUCAAAAUUAAUGACUUGUAGGGCUGACAUGAUAUUGACUCAGGCUGUUCUUACAUAAGAGGUCAGGGUAGCUUUAUUUAGUAUGUGGUGUUUGACUCUCUCUUCUUCUUUUUUGGGUGUCUUUUGAGAGCAAAUAUUCGGAACUCAAAUGGCAUGUUGACAUUUCAGGAGAAUCAGUUACACAAUUAGGAAAGGGUACAGCAAAGCCGUAAUUAGGAAUUGCACUUUUGAAACAGAAUCUAAAAGCCGUUCUUCCAAAGGAGGGCAGAUCAGUUGGCUUCAGCAUUUCCUUGGCAGGAGUUUUCUUGGAGCACAAUCGCAGCAGCGAGCGGAAAAGAUAAUAGUAGUAUUUUUAGCCUUUUUGAGAGAUGGGGUGCCUUUAUCUGGUUAGAAAAAGCCAAACUACAAAGCAAAGGAAGAGAAAAGGGGCAGGUUGUAACUAGGACCAAGCAUCUGUUCUAAAUGCUAAAACAUGGGGAUGUGUGCAAGAAAACUCUUAUUUAGUACUUAUCUACCUUGUAAGCUCAGUGGGGCCGGGACUUGUAUGCUGCUUUGUUACUCCACUAGUGGGCCUUGGUGCCCCAAAUUUCAGCAGUGCUCUGUGCGACUCCAAAAUCCGGCACACCAAACCACCUCUUGCCUUCCACUGGACAUAAUAGGUAAUAUAUAGGUAAUACAUAUUCCACUCUGUUUGGCCCAGUCAUCAAUCUGAAAGCCUUGUGCAUUUUCCUGUUUUGUGGCCACCUCUGCACAGGCCCCUUUCUGGUUAUCCAUAUGCAGUUAUGCUGUCAAUAUCCCUCAGAAGAAAAAUGUUUCAUAGGAGAGGCAAAGUGAAUGCCAAACACUGGAUCUUUUCAAAGCCCUCGGGGUUUUUGCUUAGCCAUUCUGACUUAUUCCUUGCAUGGGAUGCUACUGGAAGUGUGCAGGUAGACGUGGGAUGCUGCUGGGAGGGGGAAAGGUGGGGUUUUGUGUUAGGGGAGCAAGCGAGCGAGCUGUGUGGAUCUAAGCAGAAACCAAAAGUGUUUGAGCCCCACCACAUUGGGCGAAUGUUUCCUGCAUUGCAGGGGGUUGGGCUAGAAUGCUGGACGGUCCUCACAGUCCCUUCCAACUCUUAUGAUUCUGCAGAGUUCAAAAGAGCCACUGGCCAGGUUGCACCUUGCAGAAUGCAUUGAUAAUCCAAGGCUUGUAUAUGUGGACUUUGUGCACACCAUACAUUUAAAGCGCAUUGCUUCUCCCAUGGGAACUGAGUUUGUUAAGGACACUGGGAAUUGUAGCUCUGGGGGGAACCACAGUUCUCAGGCUCCUUUGGCAGAAGCCAUGUGCUUGAAGCUCAUGGCGUCUAUGCAGGCUUCCCUGACACAGUUUUCCACGCUAAUUGGGAAAUGCCACCUGCCUUGAUGGAAGGGCCCUGAGAGACAGACAGGGAUGGGAUGGUUGAGAGGCUGGGAGAAGAAAGAAAAUCUCCAAGGUGAGAGAUGGGACUCUGGGAGGGUCCCCCACUUUGUGAGACAAGAGCUACCUUUGAGAGCAGACUCUGCGUCGUCGUCCCCCCAUCUGUUUUUGUUUUUACAGUCAUACCUCGGGUUACGAAUGCUGCGGGUUGUGCGUUUUCGGGUUGCGGACCACGCCGAACCCGGAAGUACCGGAACGGCUUACUUCCAGGUUUCGGCGCUUGCGCAGAAGCGCAAAAUGACGUCAUGUGCAGAAGCACCAAAUCACGUCUUGCACAGACAUGGCGCUUCAGGCUACGAACGCUGCGGGUUGCGAACGUGCCUCCCACACGGAUCACGUUCGCAACCAGAGGUAUGACUGUAUUUAGAUUAGUUCUUUUUAUCUUGUUGUACCAUGAAAAAGCUUUAAUAAUAAGGAAAAAAAGGUCACCUGCCUUAAGCCCUCCUGGCAACAAAUGAAAACAGUGGGUUUGUCGCUGCACACCUUCCCAUAGGCAGCACGCUUGCUGUGAUUGCCAAAUAAAAGAACCCCCGGUGUGCUCUACCUUUUCUUCUCCUCUCGCCACUCCUUUUUAAAAUUAGCUUCCUUUUAGGUUUUGAUCCCUCUGCUUUCUGCUCCUGCUUUUGGUCCCUUGGUUUUCUCAAAGGGAAAGGUGUGGAGCGCAUUGCGGCAGGACUAGAUUUAAAAUGAAUUUCUGCAACUGGUCCGGGGGGGAAAAAGAGGCCAGAUUCUCUCUGUGGCAUCCAAGAUAGCUGAAGGGCUUUGAAAACUUGACAGGUUAUGAAAGCUCGGAGAAAUGUGAGGAAGGCAAAGACAUCUGCCUGACUACGCAGCUUUUGAUUAUGUUCUUCUGAAGUCCCAAUGCGGCCUUGAAGGGGGUGGAGGGAGAGAGACGCAUCUGGGUAAGCAAAUAGAUCAGCAGCAGCAGAUGUAAAUGGCUCUAUAUUUCAGCUUCCUGCUAGAAAGACACUGCCACUUAGCAUGUUUGAAAGGCCUUCACUGGUUUGGGGACCCUGGACCCGAAGACUAGGACCCUCUGUUCCUUAAGAAUAGAAAUUGGGCUGGGAGGACCCAUUAGGACAGUUGGUGGGUGGAAGGCCGAUCCCCAUCUAUUGGUAGUUCAGUGGAUGAAUUGCAGCAGAAUUGCAAAGGGUUUCUGACCCUUGGCUGUUCAGUCGCUGCAAAAAGCUUUCUACCUCUUACCUUCUAGGAUACUCAAGGAUGGGUUGGCGAAAUGAAAUCUGCUUCAUAGAAGCAGGUGAAAAGAUUUUUGCACCUGAAGGUUCUUUACUUCCAAGCACCUCAAGAAGUCUGGGUGCCAUUUUUUGCGCCUGGCUGACACUCAAGGAUUGCUGAAAUGCAUGUGCUUUGAAGCCUCAAACUAUAUGUUAAGGUUAGACGAGAUGUUAAGGAGUUUAACAAUAAAGAGUGGAGCGUUUUGAAAACUGAAGUAUGGUACCAAUAUUUUUAUUGUCAACACCAAGUGAAACACGUAUUAACACGUACAAUUUCUGAUAAAAUUGUAAUAUUGUAUCUAAUAUUGUAAUAUUAGCAAUGUGCCACUUAUGUGAAUUGUAUAUUAAUUCAUUCUUGAAGGUAAAGGGACCCCUGACCAUUAGGUCCAGUCAUGGCUGACUCUGGGGUUGCGGUGCUCAUCUUGCUUUACUGGCUGAGGGAGCUGGAGUACAGCUUCUGGGUCAUGUGGCCAGCAUGACUAAGCCACUUCUGGCGAACCAGAGCAGUGCAUGGAAACACCAUUUACCUUCCCGCUGGAGCAGUACCUAUUGAUCUACUUGCACUUUGACUUGCUUUCGAACUGCUAGGUUGGCAGGAGCUGGGACUGAGCAACGGGAGCUCACCCCGCCGUGGGGAUUUGAACCGCCAACCUUCUGAUCGAAAAGUCCUAGGCUCUGUGGUUUAAUCCACAGUGCCACCCGCGUCCCUAAUCCAUGCUUACAAAAAUGAUAAAUAAAAAGUGUUGCUGACUUCCCCCUCCUCUCCAACCCCGUGGCGACUAGAUAUUCUGUUUUGAUGCCCGCAACCCAGGUCCUAGAAGCCAUUCGGCUCCUAGGUUUUCUAUCCCAGUUUCUAACACAGACGGUGAGUUUAGUUCUCGAAACAUUGCACUUUACCGCUUCUGCACAAAUGAGGGAGUCCCUGUGUUAAAGAGCUUGCAGUCUAAAAGCAAGACUGGAGAGAGAGAACAGAGGACUGGGUGAAAGAGCAACACAGGGUUGUUGUGAAUGAAUGAAUGCAGUAGCACAGAGUUAGACUUUGCUGCGCUUCAAGUCUUUUGCGUCGCUUGCUUUUUUUGCAAGAGCAUCAUAGAAAAGGUGUGUUUGGAGGGAUUUGAAGGAGGGGAGAGGUGGCUUUCCGUUGUAGGUGAAGAAGAGAGGUUCAUGCUGGCGGGGGCGGCAAUAAAAAGCUGUAACAGCAAUGGCAAGCUUUAUUGGGGAUGCUGCAAGCAGUGCCCCCAGCUUAGUGCUCUGAUUUUGUGUUGGCUGUCAGGUUGCUCGCUGCUUAAAGUGUUGCUCAGUGCAGUUCUGCUACCCAACAGGGACAGGACUGGGAGUUGUAACAUGCUUGAUAGUGGAGAUGACAGCAGAUGCCUCCAGGCUAGAAAUGUGAGUUCGGUUACCUGCGAAAUGGCUGAUUGCUGCACAAUUCCAGAGGCUGUUGCAUUGUGCCGUGGAAAUAGGAUCUCUGCCUUGCUGGGCGUGUGAGAAGGAAAGGGGACUUUUGUUUCCUGCAGUGAGUCACAACUGUGCUACCGAAACUACCAAAAUAGAAAUGGACGGAUAAUCCUUCAUAAAUUGUGUAACAUCCAGGCGUAAUUCAGGGGGUUGACUUUUGCCUCGAGACGCCCAGUGGAAUGGGCAACCUUCGGACCUCCAGAUGUUGUUGAUCUCCAUCUCCCAUCCAGUGUUCGAAAUUAGCCAGGUGCGUUUUGCUACUGGUGCAUGUCCGAUUGAGACUACAUGGAGAUUUCUGGGCACCAGGUUGGCGACCAGUUUAAAAACCUCUGCCUUGGUCCUUCAUUAAUUCCAUUUCCACUGUGUGUGUUUCCCCAUCUUGCAUACUGGAACCAGUGAAUUUAGAGCAAGCUACAGAUCAAGCAAGGGACGCGGGUGGCGCUGUGGUCUAAACCACAGAGCCUGGGACUUGCCGAUCAGAAGGUCAGCGGUUCGAAUCCCCACGACGGAGUGAGCUCCCGUUGCUCGGUCCCUGCUCCUGCCAACCUAGCAGUUUGAAAGCACGUCAAGUGCAAGUAGAUAAAUAGGUACCACUGCGGCAGGAAGGUAAACGGCAUUUCUGUGCGCUGUUCUGGUUCGCCAGAAGCAGCUUAGCCCUGCUGGCCACAUGACCCAGAAGCUGUCUGUGGACAAACGCCGGCUCCCUCGGCCUAUAGAGCGAGAUGCGCUCACAACCCCAGUCUGCGACUGGACCUAAUGGUCAGGGGUACCUUUACAGAUCAAGCAAUGUAGUUGAGAUCAUAGAAUUCUGGCAUUGGAAGGGAACCCCAAUGGUCAUUUAGUCCAACUCCAUGGUGAAUAGACAUUCCAUUUUGGCGACCACAACCUAGAUUCAAGGUACCAUUUGGCGCCUAGCUUAUAUACCUGAGUUUCUAAUACUGUUCCUAUCAGCCCCAGAUAGCAAGAACAGUAUUUGGGUAUGAUGGUAGUUAUGGUCCCUGUAACAUCAUAGCUCUCAGAGGCUAGGAUUAGGCCAGUGUGGGAUGACUCUUCCUAUAACGGUAUUGUUGGGGCUGUCGCCUGAUUAAGGAAACCUCAUUUGAUUUGAUCUGAUUCAAUCUGCAUAUGAGCAAAACUGCCCUAGCAAGAAGCAUUCUCUCUGUGUGACUAUAUAAAAUUAACCGCUGCCAAUCCAUUAUGCAGCUUUCUUCACUGGUGUGCAUUUUGAUGGUUUUGUGAUCAGAUUCCUGGCAAUGGUGUGUGCUAGAAACUGAACACAUAAUAUGUAUCUGCCCCUUGAACUCUAUAAAUCCUUUUGUUGCUGUUUCUUGACUUUAAACUGGCAGAGGAGCAAGCUCUGCUUCUUGAGUUCUGUAAAGGGGCCAGUUGCAUCCUUUUCAGAGCUGUCUGCACCGUAAUUCAGUGGCAGAGCACAUUCUGUGCAUGCAAAAGGUUCUGUCCCUGACAUCUUCAGGCAGCGCUGGAGAAGAUUCCUCUUGGAGAUCCAUUCUCAAAGCAGACAGUACUGUGCUGAAUGGAACAGUGGUCUGAAAUCUUUAGAAGGCAGCUCCCUACAUACAACAGCAGCUGCUGCCACUCUAAAUUAUUGUGAUGUUUGGUUUGGUCACUUAGCCAGCAGUAUACCACAUGUUGAAAAAUCAGUCUUCAGUACUUGCUUCCAGGAUCACCGCAAUUGGAACUUGAGUGACCUCUUGGAGGUGAAAUGAUUGUGCUUUCUGGGUGAUGUCUGAGGGCCACAAAUACCCUCCUUCCUUCUCUCAUUUGAGUGGGAAGCUUGUAACGGAUGGCCGUGAAUGUGCUUUUAUGUCUCAGAGAUGGAUAUUUUUCUAAGCACUUUCCGGGGGUUUUCACAGCCCACUUCUUCUCGAAAUGUCAAAUAUCUCCGCUUCCUGCCAUGUGAAAUAGGAUGAAGUGUUUUUAAGCUGUCAUGAUUUGUAAAGAACUCUGAAAGAGGCACAACUGCAAUAUUUGCUCAGAGCAAAAUGCAAAUGAAAAGGAGCCUAUGUUUUGCCACUUCCCAGGUCCCAUAAUUUUGGAGGUGUUGAUUUAUGAGGUUUCCGCCUUUCUUACUCUGUAACAAUUCAGGAAUUGAGUUUUUCAAUAAUAAUAAUAAUAAUAAUAAAAAAUCAUAGGCAUCAGUUGUAGCCUAGUUAGAGCUGAUGAAGUGUAACAAAGGAAGCUGCCUUAUACUGAUAUUUCCCUAUGAUCUUUCCCUAGAUGUUUAUUCUGUUAUUAUUAUUAUUAUUAUUAUUAAUCAUUAUGUUUGUACACCACCUUUCAUCUGAAGAUCACAGUGCAAUUCACAGCAGAAAAAUACAAAAUGAGAACACAAAAUACAUAAUAAAACAAAAGCAAACCAAUAACCCUCUUCCAACAAAUAUUUGAAAGCUCAUAUAAUGUUAAUCAGCCAAAGGCCUGGGUAUAGAGAAAUGUUUUUGCCUGGCACCCAAAGAUAUAUAAUGAAGGCACCAGGCAAACGCCAAAAUGGAAUGUCUAGUUGCCACAGUUGUGAAGAAUAUUCUUGUGUCAUGAAUGGUCCAUGUCACCAUUAAGGGGGAAAAAAGGUUGGAAUAUAUGUGGGCUGUCCCUGGGUCAAGUGACUUUUUCUUUUCUAAGUUCUCAAAGUUCUUAGCCUAGCUUAAGGUUGUCAUCUGAACUAGCCAGAUGUUUAACAGAUAAUCCAUCACAGUCAAUCCCAACAUUUGAAAAAUAAGACUUUAGAGCCAUUUUGCCAAAAAAGAAAAAAAAGAAAAAAGGGGGCUAGACAUUCUGUUCUGGCAAUGGUAACCUUGGUUUCAGGAGCCAUUUGGAACCUAGCUUAUAUAUCUGAGUUUCUAAUACUCCCUGCCAGAUAUGUAACAGGAAGGAGUUCAAAAGGGUGGGUAUUGCUACCAAAGGCCUGAUUUCUGCAGCACUGGGAGUGGACCUCCUGAUGUGAUGAAAUCUUCGGGAGGCCGUCUCCUGUGGAGCACAGUGAUCAGUUGCAGAUAUAUGGGGGUGAGGAAUUUUAUUUAAUUUUAUGCCAAUAUGGGUACAGUAAUCCUAGCCUAACUCACAGGGUGGCAUUUGCAAAACCUUUUCAGUAAGAUGGUAGCAUGUGAAGCUCUUUGCAUGCUGUAUAACACAACACAAAUGCUAAGUACUAUGAUUUGGGGGCCAGCUGUUCAGAAAGAGAAAUUCCGCAUCCCGCUGGGAUGGUUUGAGCCCCUUUCCACGAUCCUCGACAGUUCUCUGGCUCGCAGCCAGGAUGUCCAGCCCUAAAUCAUGGCUCUACAAUCACACAUAGUUUAGGUGUAAGAAGGAGAUCUGCCAGUAAUCUGUAAUAAGGCGGAACAGAGAUAAAAAUAACCUGUGUUUAAUUGGGUGGUGACAUUGGUACAAUGACUCAGCUAUCAAGGAAGUUUUUGAGAAGGGAGGCUACGUGCAUCUGCUGCCGUGUAAAGCAUAUGAGACCCAAAGCAGCAAUUUUAAAGGCUCUUUGGUGACGGUUGGUUCAAACUAGUCAAGAUCAUGUUACAGGGAGGAGGAUAUUAUUUUGUCUUUUGCUUUUAAAAGAUCUUGCAGGUAUGUUUCUGCGAGACUUGAUUGUGGCACGUUUCAUCUAUAAGAUUUUCAUAACAGGAAUGUGUUGAUGAUGGGCCAUCUAAGAGUACCUUCUGAUUGCUGGGAUUCUUGCAAAGAAUACUGGACUAGCUAGAUCAGCGGUUCUCAAUCUGUGGGUUCCCAGAUGUUGUUGGACUACAACUCCCAUCAUCCCUGAGCUCUGGCCUUGCUAGCUAGGGGUGAUGGGAGUUGUAGUUCAACAACAUCUGGGGACCCACAGAUUGAGAAAGGCUGAGCUAGAUGAAGGCCUGAUCCUGCCAAGCACUUAACACAUAUUUGAGCAGAAGUGUAUUCUCCUUCCUGCUCGGUGCAGAUUAGUUAUGCCUUGGCUACUAAACUAAAUGUGUAUUUUUCUUUAAUUUAAAACACAACAGUGAACUGCAGGCAAUGCAUGAUGAUUGCACGACAUAAUUCCAUAGCUCAGGGGCAGAGCAUCUGUGUUGCACACAGAAAGUUCCAGGUUCGAUCCCCCGACAUCUCCACGUGCAGCACUGACAAUGACUGAGCUGGAUAGGCCCAUGGUCUGACUCGGGACAAGGCAAAUCCCUGUCUUCCUUCUUUGGGUUGGCUACAGCAGGGUCCUAGGUGCUCCAGUUGCCGCAUGGGUGUCGUCAAACCACAUCUGCUAUUGUUGUUGCCUGCCUCCAGCAGUGAGCAAGAACAAGUAAAAUAGGUGGUGGGUAAAGAUUCCUGCAGGAUAAGGCUUACUUUUAGAGUGGAGAGGAGGGGAUGACAUCACAAAAGGGAUUAUGUCCCUGGGAAAGAACUGCCUGUUCCAGUCUAUGAAGUCGAAGUCCUUCUGUGACCUCCAGUGUGGCAUUGUCCUUAUGUCUCCACCCAACUAUUUUUAUUGCAACCUAUCCACAGGGUUCUCAUAACCCUGGCAGGGACAGACUCGGCCAGUUUUAAUCUCCUGGUUAAAAUGUUCAGAAUACAGGCGUACUUUUACAAGAUUCGAGGAGGUCUGCUGGGUCAUACACAAGGCCCAUGUAGUCUAGCAUCCUGUUCCCACAGUGGCCAGCCACAUGCCAGUGGGAUGAAUAAAGACCUAUGGAAUUUAAAGGCAACCAAAGCUGGCUUCAGCCUUGUUAGUGCUCUUCAGCAGAGAAACAGGAUGAACCCUGAAGUACGUACAUGUUGACUUAGGACUCAGAUGCACAAACCUUUAGCCCUAUAUUCACAUGCCCAUCAGUCCCAUGCAUCUUAUUGUUGUUGUUUAGUGGUGUCUGACUCUUCGUGACCCCAUGGACCAGAGCACACCAGGCACUCCUGUCUUCCACUGCCUCCCGCAGUUUGGUCAAACUCAUGAUCGUAGCUUCAAGAACACUGUCCCAACCAUCUUGUCCUCUGUUGUCCCCUGCAUAUUAUUAGAGGUGAUAAAAGUAUGGUAUUGUUGUUUUCACUUGUUUUCCUUCCCCAUUAUCAUUAUUAUUAUUAUUAUUUUACAUUUUAUGGUUCCUAGUUAUGGUGAUUCAUGAUUAAUACAUGUUGAUUAUAAAUUUGCAUUUCUUAUUUUAUUUGCAUUUCUAGGGAUUUGGGUUGGGGUUGGUGACAACUUUGUAAUAUCAUCAAGGCUCAAAGAACUCAGACGUUUGGGAAUCCCUGUGAAACUACUAUAGGAUAAUAUGCAAAAAUUAUCCUACACAGUUAAAUGUGGGUCAUUUCAACCUGCAACAUUAAAGGUUAUCACCUACUUCUAAAAGUUUGUGUUUUGUCAACAUAUUUUUAAGGUGUUUUAUUUUGUGAGCUUCAACACUUCAGCUAUGUUGCAGAGUUUAUUUAACUAUUCCUUUGACUGCUAGCAUUCAUUAAUGCAUUCUGGCCCUUUUUGCUGUGCUUAAAUCUGGAACUUAAAAAAACUGUGUUCAUUCUGUAGCCUCCUUCUUAACAGUCCCAUAAAUAUAACCAAAAGUUCAAGAACAGAUGAAGAUGAUGUGAGCUGUCAUCUUUGAUUAUCGGAGCCUGUGGCCCAGUUCCUCCCAGUAGCCAUCUCUUACUAAAGUCUUAAUUCUUCAUGAAACCUGACGUUUAUAUCUAAUGUACAAUAUGCCAUUAAACUUGAUGAGCAAAAGCUUCAUUACAGAUAGGGCUUUCCAUGUCUUCAAAUAAAAAUCCCUGUUGCUUUUUAAUGCUUCGCUUCCCAGAACUGCAGAGCCAUAACUAUGGUAUAUUGGCACCGUCGCCUGGUAUUUAAUUAAUAUAUUGAUACUACCGUACUUGAAAUCCAUCCAUCAUUUUCCUACCUCAGCCUUCUGGCAUCUGCUUGUAAAAGACUAUAUAGAUAGGCCAUAUUAUUGCUGUAACAAUAUACCAUAUUUUGACCCUCCUGUCACAAAUGGGGAUUUCUUGCAACAGGCAUCUCUUAGGUUUACAGGAUUUCACUUUUGGGGAGCCCUUUGUGUGUGUGUUUGCAAUAUAUUUUAAUUCUCACUUAAUCAUAGAAUUGUAGAGUUGGGAGGGACCUCAAGGGACAUGUAGUCCACCCCCUGCAAUUCUGGAAUCUCAGCUGAAGCAUCCAUGACAGGUGGUCAUCCAACCUCUGCUUAAAAACCUCCAAGGAAGGAGACUUCAUCACCGCUCAAAGGCGUUUGUUCCACUGUCGAAAACUCUUGGUGCUGCAGCAGCUGUACUUUGAAACCGAGACCAUAUAACACCAGUCCUGAAAGAUCUUCAUUGGCUCCCGGUAUGUUUCUGAGCACAAUUCAAAGUGUUGGUGCUGACCUUUAAAGCCCUAAACGGCCUCGGUCCUGUAUACCUGAAGGAGCGUGUCCACCCCCAUCAUCCAGCCCGGACACUGAGGUCCAGCACCAAGGGCCUUCUGGCGGUUUCCUCACUGCAAGAAGUGAGGUUACAGGGAACCUGGCAGAGGGCCUUCUCGGUAGUGGUGCCCGCCCUGUGGAACGCCCUCCCUUCAGAUGUCAAUGAAAUAUACAACUAUUUUACUUUUAAAAGACAACGAAGGCAGCCCUGUUUAGGGAGGUUUUUAAUGUCUGAUGCUGUAUUGUUUUUAAUAUUCGGUUGGAAGCCGCCUAGAGUGGCUGGGGGAACCCAGCCAGAUGGGCGGGGUAUAAAUAUUAUUACUACUACUACUACUACUAAUACUACUACAAACCUCUUUAUACCAGACAAGUACCUUUGUUGUGUGGUUUUGACACCUGCUAACAACGUUUUCGUUGAGGCAAGCCUACCCAGACAUGUCGUUUUAUUAUUUGUGGGCCCAGGACUGCAAUACCUCAAGGACUGCCUCUCCCCAUAUGAACCGACCUGGGCCCUGCGAUCAUCAUCUGAGGCCUUUCUUCUUGUGCCCCCUCUGCAAGAGGUCCGGAGGGUGGGAACACGUGAACAGGCCUUUUCUGCAGUGGCUCCCCAUUUGUGGAAUGCUCUCCCCAGGGUGGCUUGUAUAAAAUGCAAUGGCUGGAAAGGCAUUGCAUUCCAGCACUAAUCAUACUCUUGCAUCUUCAAGUGGAAAAUAUUUCAGGCCACAAUAUCUUCUUAAAGACAGUUUUGCCAGUACUGAUCUAGGGAGUCCAGAGUUCCUCACAACCAUCAUUUGAAAAACAAACAAACUACUCUUCUGAACCACUGGGGCUUCACCACUUAGAGCACAGCCACUGCAUGACAAUCCAGCCUUAGGGUGGAUUGCAUUGGCAGCAUCCAACCUUAUAAAUAUAUAAUAUAUUUACAUAAUGUCGAAUCCUAUUCCAUUUUCGCACCCCAGUCUUAAAAGGCUGAAGACUAAUACAGUGGUACCUCGGGUUACAUACGCUUCAGGUUACAUACGCUUCAGGUUACACACUCCACUAAGCCAGAAAUAGUGCUUCAGGUUAAGAACUUUGCUUCAGGAUAAGAACAGAAAUCGGGCUCCAGCGGCAUGGCGGCAGCAGGAGGCCCCAUUAGCUAAAGUGGUGCUUCAGGUUAAGAACAGUUUCAGGUUAAGUACGCACCUCCGGAACGAAUUAAGUACUUAACCCGAGGUACCAGUGUAUUCUGGAUUGAUGACCGAGGGUCACACCUACGGUUUCUAUUCUGUGUCAGUCAAUAAAACACACAAGCUCCAUGCACAUUCUGUUUUUAGAUGUGCACUCCUAAGGAGUGCCAGCAGCAUGGGUGGAAGCCCGAGGGUGGAAAACUGGUACACAGAGUAGACCUUGUGAUUCUAGUAGUGUACGUUGGAAUUGAUUUGCCAUGGAUGGGCUUCUGCCAGGUGACUUGGCUGGCAACUCUUAGUGGGGAAUCCUCAAAUUUCUCAAUGGCUUCUGUUGAAUUUUAGGUUUCUGCGACUUUCCAGAUUUUGCUCACUAUGAUCCCAUUUGCAAACACUUUUGACCUCUGACAUAGUGAUUUGUCACAUACCAGGCUCAUCGGUUGCCAGUACAUUUUGUUGUGUGAAUUUUGUGUGAUUCGCCGCAUCCGGGGUUCUGUUUGCUGAAUUUAGACGACUAAACUCAUACCCAUAGAUUGCAUGGGGGUUCUCUCUUUAAAAAAAACACCCCUAAACAAACCAGGUUGUUAGCAGUGUGUGCUAUCCAUUCUGCGUGUAGCUUGGUAAAUCCCAUUUUGUAAUAAGAUAUUUGGGGGAGCAGGUAGAUCGCACAAUAACCCCUAGUUUUGCUGGGUUUAUGAAUGCAACAUGAAUCUGAAUAUCCAAAUACCUGGGACUUAACCAGUGCAGCAGAUGGUGGCGCGGAAGUCAGAAAGGUUAUCUGAUCUGCUGUGUGUGCCUCAGUUGGAGGAAGUCUCAGGUUUCACAUGCUAACAAGGCACCGGGUCUCUCGAAUCUUGCAUCAUGGUGGUGCCAACCAGCCUUAGAGCACAACACAAAUAGAAAUAGGAAUCAUUAGCGUAAUCAAAGGAGGACGUGUAGAGAUGCUGAAAUUUCAUUCAUUAAUGAAACGAUGAUGGUGAUUCACUCUUUCACAUGGUUUUACUUCAGUGAAAUCUAGUGAGAGAGAAAGUGGGACAAGGAUGUUUUGUUUUAUUUGCAGAAGUUGUAGGUCACUGUGAUUGUUUGGAGGAGGGGCUUUGGUUGCGGGCUGACCCCCUUUUUGUAUAAAUAUCCUUCCCUACACCACGUAAUUACUAUAUGCUCCCCAAGGAUAAAUAUCCUGAAACAGAUGUAAAACUUAAUGAAACCUUGUGAAAUAUUCUAAAAACACAAGGUCAUAGCUUAAAUGCCCAUCUAAUCUAGCUUUCGGAGAAGAUUUCAGUAGGGAGGGGGAUAUCCUCUUUAAACCAACACACUGGAAAAUACCAGCCUAUUUGGGAAGAUAAGCAGAUACUUCCAGUUGCAAUAAAGCCAAUCUCAGGCUUUCUUAGCUAGUUUGUUCAGAGUUAUUUGCAAAAAAGAGCGAGGGAGGCAACCUCACCAGCACCUUCCGUGGAGAUGCUUUUGUCCAAUGGUAAGAGAUACUCUAUAUUCUUACCCCAGUUUAUGCAGCCAAUGAAACUUUGAAGGCUAGAUCCAUCUCCCUAAUGACUUUCAACUUGGAUUACAAAAGAGCUUGCCAGUUAGCUUUUGUGGGGGCGAAGCAAGGGAAGGAUUAACAAGGAUGCAUAUUCAGAACUGGAACACUGGAUAGCUCUCGCUAUUUAGGAUUCACUUCUGUGGCAUGAAAUCCCAAGUGCUGUAGGUGAGCUGGAUCAGAAUAUCACAGCUGCCCUGUUGCAAAGUACAGUGGUGCCUCGCAAGACGAAAAUAAUUUGUUCUGCGAAUCUUUUCGUCUUGCGAUGUUUUUCGUCUUGCGAAGAACGGUCCGUCGCAACUGCGCCUCUUCAAGCGGCUUUAAAAAAAAAGCGCAAGACGUUUUCGUCUUGCGAAGCAAGCCCAUAGGGAAAUUCGUCUAGCGAAGCAACGCAAAACCGAAAAACCCUUUCGUCUAGCGAGUUUUUCCGUCUUGCAGUGGAGUACCACUGUACUCCACAUGGCUUUCAACAAGGAAUAAAAAUAUAACAUUUGGUAACAACAGAAACUAUAAGUAUAAAUAUAGCAGAAAAACAAUUGGGGGGUCUUUUCCUAAACACAUUCUUUACACCUGCCUGAUCUGCUAAUUCCUAGAUUCCCCUUCUAGCUUGUAAAAUUUCCUUGUAGGACCAGCUAUUGGUGUUACCUAUUGUCCCAUUUGCCUCAUUCUUGCCCAUGCCAGAUUCCUAAUUAUUUCUUUGACUUGUCCCUAGGUAUGACUGCUUUUGGCAGCCCUUUAUUCUGUAAUAUUAAAGCCUGACAGACAAUGAUAGAGGGGUUGCAUUUCAUAUUGCAGGAGUCCUGUGGAAUUCCUUUAUCCGCUUCUGAAGUGUUGGUCUUGGCAUAUCCCUAUAUAUAAAGUUGGACACCUGGUGCUUUGCAUUCUUCCAAGUUAAAUACAGGCUGUACUAAAGAAUCGUAUCAGUAGCUGUGUGUAGCUGUUUUUUAUUGCAGGUAGUGCUUGAAACUAGUGCUUUGUGUACUUUUCAAAGAGCAUUGGAACCUAAUUUUAGCCAGAUGCACGCACUGGGGGCUGUGUGGGUGUGAGUACAGCAGCAAUCCAUUCUCCCUGUAGUCAAAGCGAGCUAAAAAGCGUCCCCUGGGGGAGCCAAUCUGUAUCUUUUUAUCCAUAUGCCUGGAGGGGAUUGAUGGGCAGCUGUGUGCAAUUCUGAUCUCUGAAUGAGCUCACUGCCUGCCCUUGUUGCAUAGCAAAGGGAUCAAGUUCCCACGAGUUGCCUUGGCCUCUAGCUAGGCUACCAAUAAGAAAAACAAAACAAAACAAAAAGUACCAGCAUUUUUCACCUUUGUUUUGGGUUUUGACCAUGCUGGUUGUGUGUAUUACAGGAAGGAAUUGGCACUGGGUGAGAUCUGAGCAUACUAAGAUUCCCAACUUGCUUUUUUCCUUUAGAUUUAUAAAGGUAGUACCUGACUAAGGAAGGAGGCCUGAGUGACCUCAUUGCCCUGCAUCAAAAAAGCGGGCUGAUAAUGCAAAAUAAGCGGACACAUGCAGAUUAUAAAAGUCACAGAGACCAAUAUUUCUUGGUGUGGCGCUGUGGGUUAAACCACAGAGCCUAGGACUUGCCAAUCAGAAGGUCGGCGAUUCGAAUCCCCGCGACUAGAUGAGCUCCCGUUGCUCAGUCCCUGCUCCUGCCACCUAGAAGUUCAAAAGCACGUCAAAGUGCAAGUAGAUAAAUAGGUACCGCUCCGGUGAGAAGGUAAACGGCGUUUCUGUGUGCUGCUCUGGUUCACCAGAAGCGGCUUAGUCAGGCUGGCCACAUCACCUGGAAGCUGUACGCCGGCUCCCUCGGCCAAUAAAGCGAGAUGAGCACCACAACCCCAGAGUCAGCCACGACUGGACCUAAUGGUCAGGGGUCCCUUUACCCUUACCUAUAAACAUUCCUUCCAUAGAUGCCCUUGAGAGAUUGUUUUUCCGCACACCAUCACAAUGCAGUUGCCGAGUUUGAAGUACAUGAGCAAGACUUUUGAAAGUGUUCAACCCUUGUUCUUCUUGGCUUGUGUGCAAGUGGCAAAGGAAGUUGUUGACGGGAUUCUGCUGUAAAAAAGGUAAAGGUAAAGGACCCCUGACAAUUAUAUCAAGUCACAGACGACUCUGGGGUUGCGGCGCUCAUCUGCUUUACAGGCCGAGGGAGCCAGCGUUUGUCCGCAGACAGUUUUCCUGGGUCAUGUGGCCAGCAUGACUAAGCUACUUCUGGUGAAACCAGAGCAGCGCACGGAAAUGCUGCUUACGUUCCUGCCAGAGAGGUACCUAUUUAUCUACUUGCACUUUUUGACGUGCUUUCGAACUGCUAGGUUGGCAGGAGCUGGGACUAAGCAACAGGAGCUAACCCCGUCACAGAGAUUCGAACCGCCGACCUUCUGAUUGGCAAGCCCAAGAGGCUCAGUGGUUUAGAUAAGCAUUUAGCAAUAUGGCAGCUAGCCACAAGGUUUAUGUCCUACCUCUGCUAUAUGCCUUUGGAGACCAGUUCCUGGGAAUCACAGGUGGGAAGAACAUCAUUGUACUCAUUUUCCACCUUCAGGCUUCUUACAGGUAUCUGGUUGGCCUCUGUAGAACAGGAUGCUGGACGAGAUGGACCUUCAGCCUGGCCCAGCAAAUUAUGAUAGCAAAUGACCACCAACUAGGCAUAAUGCUGUUACAUCGCACUGCAGCUGGUGCGUCAUGGUGGCAUCAUUGGAUUAACUGGUAAAACUUAAGAGCAUUUCUCCUAGUAGUAAAGCAAUCAUAUCAGUGCAUAGUUGUUUUAGCAUUGGCAUGAACGUGCAAGCUUGCUGGACAGGUCUUGUCCAGCUUUCUCGAUGGGCUUUGGGUUUCCUUAACUACUAUUCUUUCAUUGGGUGAUAGUGAUCAGAUGCACAGCUUAUUAUAGCCCAGUUGAGUUUGUGCCCUAAAUCCACAGAACAUUGCUGAGAAAAUAGUCAGAAAUAAGCCGACAUAGUCCAGUGAACUAUAAGCCAAGAGCUAAUCCUGACACCGUUGACCCAGUAUGGGGCCUGUUCUUGGGAUAAUUCCAUUAGUCGAUAAAAUGAGGAUUAUGAUUGCUAUCUGUGAAACAGAGAUCAUGACAGAUGAUGGAGUGUGUGUGUGGUAACAUACUAUUUUGUUUUGUUUUUAAGUAGGCUUGUUGGACAAAAAGUAAGUUUUCAAAUGAUGCCUUUAAAAUUUCCCAAGACUGCAGUUCAUUGAGGGCCAGGGAUGAUGGAUAAACACCCAUAUGUGGAGAAAGAAUUAUACUUCAAAGCUACAUGUACAGUCUAUAUACAGUAUCUAUAUAUUAGAUGUGCUAAUCAUUCUUAAACACCAUUUUUUGUUGAAUUGUCAGGGCAUCUCUAUAUGUGUAAGAUUGCAGAGCGAGAAUAGUAUUGGUAAUUUAAGUACACAGGUGAUUUUUGCAAGUCAACUAUAAUUGAUUUUCCAUGUGCAUAGAGAUUUUGUGGUCUUACGUGUUUAGCUUUUCACAAAGAGAAGGUUGCAAGCAGGAUGCAUUUGAUUUAAAUAAAAUUGAUUUAGAUCACUAGUCAGUAAGACUUGAUUUAAAUCUUUUUUUUUUUUACAGAAAAACUCAUUCUUGCUGGUAUAUUUACAUUUACAACCAGAUGAAGGUUUCAUUUUUGGAAUACAGUAAUAAAUUUUCAGAGUAGUUUUUACAGUUUUAUCAAAAAUUACUGAUUUCGUUAUACUAUUAGAAGUACAUAGACCAAUAAUUAUGACAUUAUUGUGAGGUUUAAUAAGUGAACUGUUUAUAUUUGGACAACUUUUCUGCUGUACUUUAUCAGAAGGAGAAAAAUAAUCAUUUCCUUAAUAACAAUUUAAACAAAUUCUUUAACUAAAAUAACAUUAUAGCAUAUGUAUCAAUGUUUGUUAAUUGACGUGGUUAAACAAUUUUAAAAAAGACUAAGUUUUAGCACACAUGAAAAACUUAAACAAAUCCUUAUUUCCUGAUGAAUAGCCUUUGGACUAUAAUGUAACUUAAAUAGAAAACUAUCUCUACAAAGAUUUUUCCUCCAAAAGCAUUUUAUUUUAAUAAUCCAAUUUAAAUUUUUUUAAAAAUCUGUUUUGAAUUUUAAAAAUUGAUUAUUAUUAUUUUUAAAAAGUAUAUCAAUGAUUUUUAUCCACCCUUGUUGCAGUCUGUAGGUAGAAGAGUCAUAGUAUGUUAGCAAAGCACCUGCUUUGUGUGCAGAAGUUCCUAUUUCAGUUAUUGGCAUUUAUAGCUAGGGCACGGGAAGAUGCUAGAGACUCACCACCAGUCAACGUAGAUGAGGGGUAGCCCACAUGGUGCAUCCCAGAUGUUGCUUGACCCUAACUCCCACCAUCUCAAUCCAACAUGUCCAAUGGUCAGUGAUAAUGAGAGUUGCAGACCAGUUGUAUCUGGAGGGCACCACAAUGGCUAUUCCUGCAGUACACAAUACAGAGUUGGGUGGGCCAAUGUCCUGACUUGGUAUAAGCCAGUUUCCUAUAUUCUUACAUUUUCAUCAGAUGAUUCACCGAUAAAGUAGUAAAUGCAAGCUAGCAUUGGUGGGGCUGGAUACACUUGACAGACGUUCCUUUCCAAGUUUCAGCCAAAGUCAGCACUUGUACCGCAACUGAUAGUUGUUGAGUUUGAUGUGAAAGUCUCCCGCAGUACUCUCUUGGGCCCAGAGCUCAUUGUAACCUUGAACAAAUCCCAUGGUGUCUCAUCUUUGUUCAACUCCACUUGCUUUGCUAAAAAUAAUUGCCAUGCAAAUUUUGUACGCAAGGUUGUAGAAAUUAAUUAAGGUUAGGUAAAUGUUAGGUUAGGCUUAUUAAACGUAUUAAUCUCUUCUCACAACAGAGCCCCCCAAAGCUGUCAAGGAUAUAAUACAGUAGUUUCUAGCUCUGAUCGAGAUCUUGGCGAGAGGUGUACAGGGAUGAAAAGUGUCCUGUGUUCCUCUAUGCGGGGUGUGUUCUCUGGAGCAGAGGUGCUUUAUCGCGCCUAAAAAGUUGAGGUUGCUAGCUGUUAUUUGUGGAGAGGAACGUAAGAUUUUUCCAUCUGCUUAACUUGCUUGCUUGUUGCUGAACAACAUUUUGUCGUCCUGUUGCAAGAAUGGGGAAAUGUUUUGUUGCUGUUUGCUUGAAGAGGCCACAUUUCCUCCUAGGCAACCUUUGGCCAGGGUGAGGUGGGAGGAGCCAGGAGCAAAAUGUGGGCGGAGCAACUAAUGUUAAUUUCCCCUUCGGGCAGUAGAUUCCUUUCUACACACACACUCAAGCAUCCCUCUCCUGGGCAAGCAAGAAUUAUUAUCGGAGUGCAAGGGCACAUUCUAACCAGGCACACAAUUCUAGCAGUGUGUGAAGCAAGACCAGUGAGAGGUUUAGCUCAUGACGGGGUGUGGCCUGGGGGAAAACUCGAGGGCCAGAUAGAGAGGCCUGGAGGGCCACAUCGGAUCCCCAGGCUUGAGGCUUCCCACCUUUACCAAUUGAAAUUAGAAAUGGAUUUUUUUUUACCAGAAAGUAAAAGCAACCAAGAUCCACACCAGAGGAAGAUCCCUUUGCAAAUUCCCCAGAUACUUGUUAAACACAUUUGUUUUCUUUGCCCUUUUACUGCUGAAGGAACAGAAUUUCCAUUAGCUUGUUCUGAAGAGAAGGGCAGGGUUAGAAAGGACAUUCCAAAAGGCUUUCCAAAACAGAUGGUUUUCAAGUAUAGUUACACGGGAUUUUAAUAACUUGGACACAGCAAAUGGAUGUGGUGGCAGUGACUGAUUGUGGAAAUAGCUCCUGUGCAGCUUUCGUUCCAGAGACUAGUUUUUAUGUAAUUUCAUAUGCUAAUUCGGAGGCUAUCACUCUCAGUGCAGAGGCAAGAUGGGAGUUAUAAUAAACCAUUUCCAGGAUGGAUGGACGGACGGAUGGUUGUUUACAAGCAGCAUUUAGUGCCGUGAAUUAUAUAGAGAACAAGUGACACGUUAGUUGCAAGGCACAAAUAACUUCAUUUUAGAAAGGCUUGUCCUGAAUAUGUGAGAAGGAAGGUUUGUAAUUUGGAUUUGGCAUUAUAUAGCAAUUUACUGUUUUAAGAUGGCUAUAAUUAAAUAUACCCUCUGGCGCUUGUUUCCCAGAACUGGAUGUGUUAAGACCAAGCCACCACAUGGUGGUGAAAACCUGAUUUUUGGAUUAACUGAUAAGGAACCUGAGAUGGAUUAGCUGAUAAGGAAAGGCAGGAUUACCUGGCAUCUUAAAUAAGCCACAGAGGAGAUGGUCACAGCCAACUGAGAUGUUUUGUGGUGGCAUUAGUUAUCUGGGGUUUCCAGAGUGUACAGGCUGCUUGCCCUGUUCAUUUAAACUUCUUGGAUCUCUGAAUGCCAUAAUAGAGAUGAGCUUCACAUUGCACAGAAGGAAGUGGCAGAAGUUUUAAGCUGCAGGUGGGAGACCCUGCUUUAGAAUGCUUAGACUUUUAAUCAGCUAAUAAUUAAUCAAGAGAGAUUUAGAGUAGCACUAUCCAUAAUUCGCUAUGCGCGUUUUUGUUUUGUUUUGUUUUUUGUUACAUGUGGAUGCAUUUUUAAAAAUCCACUAGCAGUAUCUCUAUUGGGGAGACAUUCCAACUUUCAUACUAAGUUUUUCUUACAGGCAAGUCUUCUCUUCUUCUUUUUUACAUAGAGGAUUUUCAGAGCAUGAGCCUGCAGUCCCAUCUUCAGACCAGGAGAGUCACUUGCAUGUAGAAGGUGCUGCCAACCCACACUUUUGUUGCAGUGCAGGCCCAGAAUAAACCAUUUUAGUAUGGGUAAAGUUGGGGUGCUGUAAGCCUCCCCCUGCUCAUGUUUGAGGAGGGGGGAGCAGUAAUCUCCCAGCAGCACCUGGCUUCCAGGAAGAGCACUGUGGCCAGGGCCAACUCACUGAAGGACCAGAUCACACAAACUGUGCUGCUGCCACACAGAAGCUGACUGGACUGGCCGUUCAGCACUGGCAGUGUGCUGCACCUCAUAGCACACACUACUGCUGGCCACCUCACUCUGCCUAAUGGUAGAGCCGGUCCUCACUCGCACACUACCAUAGCUGCCUCGCCCAGCCUUAAAAGAAGUGGAAUGAGGACAGCAGGCAUGUUGUAAAUAGUUGCUCUGCAAGCCUAGGCAAAAUAAUAUACUGAGCCAAUUUCUGAUUGGGGUAAGGUAGGGAUAUAUGAGCUGAACCCUUCAUUGGCAUGGUGGGUGGUUGUUUUUUGGUGGUUGUUUCUUACCCAUGACCAAAAAUAUUCAGAGUUUCCACGAACGACCCUUGGAAAUUCCUCAGCAGAUCCGUAUGAAAGGUGUUCCCUGAAAGUUGAAAGCGACAGCUCGGGAAAGCUUGCAUGCCGGCCCACUGUUGUGCUUGAGACAGCUUGCUGAUCUCGGAGACCAUGAACUAAUAUUGUUCGCUCUUCGUGGUGUUGUGCAUUUUUGCAGAAGGCGUUUUAUCUCCCAGCGCUGCUCUCUAGAGUUUUUAGAAGACAUAGUGGAAUGUGCCAGUGUGCGAAGGUACUUGUUCAAAAGCAGCAUUAACCUUCUCUUGUUGCAUGCAUUGCAAGUCCUUUCCCUCCUGCACCCUUUUCCAAGACAAAUUCCUCAGGUCCUGCAUGUGUACUCAUUCCGACUCCGACAUGUGCAUCCUUUUUAUUACCCUCUUAAUUUGCAUUUUGCCCAGAUCUUACUCGCAUUUCCCCUUACCCUCUUAAAUCGUAGAACCAAGCACGUAUCUGGAUCACCAAGACAUAAAGGCUUGAAGAAGAUCCACUUCAUCAAGAACAUGAGGCAGUAUGACACAAGGAACAGCAGGUAACCUUUCUGUAACUGAAGGAAUCCCAGUCCACCUUGCAGUUAAAUUAUGGCAAAUGGCUCUACUCUAGCUGUGGCCUAUAUGUUCACGAGUGACCAUGUUUGGUGAAAAACACCUUGAUGUGAAAACCUUGCUAACGGGGGAUUAUGGGUGGCAUUCAUCUAAAUCAGUGUUACCCAAACUUGGGGCUUCAGCUGUUGUUGGACUACAACUUCCAUCAUCCCUAGCAAGCAGGACCAGUGGUCAGAGAUGAUGGGAACUGUAGUCCAAAAACAGCUGGAGACCUAAGUUUGGGAAACACUGACAAAUCUUACUCUGCAUAAACACUGAGAUUAAUUUUUUUAAAAAAAAUAUUGAAAAUUUUACAGUGCAGUAGAUUAGAGUAGAUGAUAAAGAAGAAAUUAGAGAGGAAAAAGGGGAAAGGAAGAUGAAGAAAAGCAAGAGAAUUCAUUAUAUAAUAGCAAUAACGAAGUGUCAUUAAAAUGUAAUUACGAUUAUAAAAAUAUAUAAUAUAUACAUAGAUAGAUAGACUUAUUGUAUUCCUGUAUACAUUGAUUCAUGAGUCACUAUGGUUUAAAUAAAUCAAAGGAAGCCAUAUUUUUGUCUUUCCAAUGUAUCAGUAUUAAUCUUUUUGCAGAUGUAAGGGAGAGUCCAUUUACGUUGACCAUUUGUUAAGCCCCAUAUAUUAGGAAUAUAGUUUAAGGUGAUGUUAUCUUCUGAAAUUUUUAACUCACUGAAUUUAAUGGACUUAACUUAGUUGCGCUCGUUAAUUCCAAUGGGCCUACUCUCAAGUAAAACUAUCUGACACCAACAGCACCACGUAGCCAACUGGGUUGGCCUACGCAGUGCCAUCAUGGAGGUCGAAUUCAGUGCCUAUGCUUCUUUCUCAUCUCUGCCCAAUAGGCAGUUGAUAUUUCUGUGCCCUAUUGGAGCAGAUACUUGGAGGACUAGUAGAGAACUCAUGGCUAAUGGGAAAGUUAGAGCAAAAUACACUUGGUUUUCAAGAUAGUUUCCUAGGUCAUUUUAUUCUUACGUGGGAAUAAUCUCUGUGAAAACAGAUGUAGUGUUGCUUCAAAAGCAGGCUUCCCCGACCUGAUGCCCUCCAGAAGUUGUGGACUAAACCACCAAGAAUGUAGUCAAAAACAUAUGGGUUGCUAGGGCUAAGAAUUACUUUUAAGAGAGGGCUUCAUAUUCUAUUUAUUCUAUUUGUAUUUUUGGUAGCCGUUUUUUAAUUGUAUUAUGAAAAUAUUUACUGAAAAUAUUGUUUAUUUGUGUGUGUUUUUUAAAGGAAGGUUUCCCGAAAUGUGGCUGUUGGGCUAAAAAAGCAAGGAGAAAAUGGCUAAGUUGUGUAUGUGUGUGUUACAAAGUUAGGUUCUCGCCGCUCCCAGAGAGCUCUUCUAACUCAAGAUAGGAAGGCUAGAUAUGAAUGCAAUUUAUUUUCCAUGAUUCACUGUACCCUGUCUGUAUUUCUUUUUAGGAUAGUAUUAAUUUGUGCUAAACGAAGUUUGUGUGUGGCUUUUUCUAUCAUGCCCUAUGGGGAGAAUUUUCGGAUCAGGUGAGUAGCUGCUAUUUUUGUCAGACCGAUAACUUUUAAUUGGUUAUUUGUUUAUUAUUACAUUUGGAUCCCCACUUUUUCUCCAAGGAGCUUCAUGGUGCUUCUCCAUUUUAUCCUCGCAAUAUCACUGUGAGGUAGGUUGGGCUAAGAGACAAUGACUGGCCCAAGGCAACCCAGCUAGCUUCAUGGCUGGGUGAAGAUUUGAACCCUGGUUUCCCUGCUAUUUCCUUAUGUUCUAUGGUUUUUACUGAUGCUCUAACAUCAUCAUUGGUUUGCUUUUAUGCCACUUUUCCAGAAAACUGGGCCCAAAGUGGUUCACAAUGUGCCAAAGAAACGAGAAGUUCAACGGUCCUAAACACAUUGGAAACAAUUAUAAACCAUAAUAUCAACACAAGCACAAAAACAAUCAGUGUAAAACAAUACAAAUAAGCUAACUUAAGAGUUUAAAGUGAACACUGUAUGAAACAAUACAAAUUCCACCGAUAUGAUUUAAAUUAAGUAACCAAAACUGGGCAGAAGAUAAAAUAAAGCAACUACAAAUAAAAAGAACGGUAUCAUUGAAGGCAAUGCCAUUUAUUUCAUGAUUACCAUUUGCUUUUCACUAUUUAUUUCCUAUAAAUCGUUUUCCGAGCUCUGCCUGAAAAACUGGUGUAUGAAUACUGUAAAUAAAAAUUACACAUUUGGUUUCACUAGUGGGUUGUUUUUCAAAAGGGUGUCAGCGUAAGCAGACAUUUACUUUUCAGCUCUUUGGGCAUGUCCUACUUAUAACCAAUAAAAAUGUUCCAGUUCUCCUCUGCAUAUAUCUAACGCUUAAUCAGGCCUGGCCAAACACAGAACAAACAGAACACGAUUUCUGUUGUCACUCAAGCACAUAUGCAUAGCACACUGAAGAAGGAAACGGAUAUUUUUAUGACAGAACUUGACAUACAGAUGUGCCUGCCAUAAAUAGACUAUGGGAAACUUUCUUUCCAGCUCAGUGGGAACACUGCAAGGUCACUCAAAAGAGCAUUUGCUGAAAACUAGAUGAAUGAUAGGGGUGGGGUGGGGGAUUUGAAACAAGGCGAGGUAUCGGAUAGUGCCGUUAUGAACUAGAAAUCCCAGAAGACUGUCAAACAUGUCAUCUGGCAGCUACUGAUGGAUAAUUUAGGAAAGGAAUACAUUUUUCUGUAUAUUUUAUAUACCUAGCUAGUAAGACUUAAAUACACAUGCCUACUUCAGAUACCUGUGCGCAUUAAGAUGAUAAACACUAUGUUUGGAUAUCUCUUCAAAUCUUGGAGUUGCCUGAAUUUUUUAGCCCUGAAAUCCCAAGGUCAUUGAUGUGUUGCUUAUGUCUGAAACUGAUUUGUACAUAACCACUGAACACAUUCAAUCCAUUGUUGGCUUUGGAUUUAAAGAGCCUAUAAAUGGAUUAGCAAGCACAAGAAAAUUUAUUUUGCGCAGAUUUUUUUUUUUAAAAAAAGGUCAAGGACAGAGUAGACAAAGUAGGCAAAUGGGUUCCCACAGCUGGAUUCAUAUCCAUGUGGAUUUUGCAAUACGUAGUUGAAGCUCAUGGUCUUCUCCCUGAGAAUCCCAUGUACCCCCAGAAUUGCAGUUCAGGGAUCGCGUCCAAAACCAGCAAUAAUGUGUUCAGAAUUCUGUGUCCAAUCAUGGGAAUUCCUUGCAAAGUCGAGCUCGCUCUCUGUGUGUGUAAAUAAAGUAUGAAUUACCCUCGAGUUAAAUUACUUUAAAAAUAGGAAGAUCUCAGGGCCAUUGCUUACAUCCCCUUUGCUGGUUCAGUGAGUUUUUAUGUCUUGAGCCUUUUAAGAACAAAUGUUUAUGGCAGCAGAGAAGACGUGGGAAUUGGCCUCCUAAUCUCUAGCUGUGUUGAGGGGCUUGUUUUUAUUUUGUUUGUUUUUUGGGUUUUUUUACUACGGAGCUAGGAUGAGAAGAAACAGCUUUAAUUCCUGUCUUGCCAAUUCUGCCCUUAACAGUGAACUGAGAAUAGAGGGGCAGAAGCAGAGACAUCCUUCUGGUGGCGUUUCAGUCUCUACGGAGAUGGUGCUAGGAAUGGAAGGGGUCGAGCUAGGAGCUGAUGGCAAGGUAAGGAGCCCGUUGGCGAACGGUGGAUCUCUUUGCUUGUUCUUGGAAGUUGUGGGGCUUCAUCAGUUCCGAUACAAAAAUCAAGAGCAAGCCUGGUGGUUUAAGCCCACAUGUGCCAUUCAUGGUUGCUCAUACAUCCUCCCACGGAUCCUUCAGCUCUCUCUUGAUGCAAUUCAGACAUACACUUUUGACUUCUUCUGAUACUGUUUGGGCUAGGGUAGUCAACACGGCACCCACACAAGCUGUUGGACUCCCAUCAGCCCCAAGCAGCACAGCCAAUGAGCCCCAUUCUCUGAACGAGAGAUCUGGAGGAAGUAGCAGAAUAUCUGAGCAAUGCCAUGAAACUACGUUGUCAUAAGACUUGGGUGGUACUUUAACUUCCUGGGCCUGUAUAGUUUGAUCUCAAAGCGUCUCCUCCUGUGAGCAGAUGCCAAUUCUCUGUUUCAAUUCAUGUAUUCUUAUUUUCUUUGUAUGCCAAUAAAGGUUGAUUGAACUGAUUAGGGCUAAUGGGUUAGAGGACGGCAGCAAUUGAAAGGAAGCCUAUUGGCAACCUCUGGUCUAGACGUUUGGCUGGUUGCAUGUGAUCAUAGGUAAGGUUGUUUAAUACUUUCUGCUUCUCUGGCUGAUGGGAAGACUUUUGCAUUAUCGGUUUCCACAUGGGGAGCAUGUGCAGUAAUCAGCUUGAGUAUGGCAGGAAUCCUGUUAUUUCACAGCAGCGUCAGUUUCCCCCAAUGGAAAUGGCAUGUGGUUUGAAACUCUCAAGGCUCCUCCACACAGCAGGGAAGUAUCUAAAUCGGUGUUUCCCAAACUUGGGUCUCCAUUUGUGUUUGGACUACAAUUCCCAUCAUCCCUGACCACCCGUCCUGCUAGUUAGGGAUGAUGGGAACUGUAGUCCAACAACAGAUGGAGACCCAAGGUUGGGAAACACUGAUCUAGAUAUUGCAAAACUGUCAGCCUGGUGCCCUUCAAAGGUUUUGGGCUACAACUCCCAUCAGCACCAGCACCAGCACCAAUGAGAGUUGUAGUCCAAAACCCCUGGAGACAGCAGAUUGGUGAAGUCUGUGUCCAGACUCUAUUUCUUCCUCCAGGCCCCAUCCACGCAGGUGUAGCGAGUUUGGUAGCUAAAAGAUAGGAUCUGUUAAUGUUCAAUUAACCAAGGAUCAUGUUCCCAUCAGAGCCCAUUGAAGAGGCAUCCCUGACUGUUAAUUAAACCAAAGCCCAAGAUAUGGGGAAAUCUCAUUUGAUCACCAGAACACAGUGAGCCUAAGUUGAUAGAGUAUUUGUCCAGUGCAAUAACACUUUGGUGCAUUAGGUUCUGAGAAUCCAUUUGUGGAGCAUUUUGAAAGUUAUUCCAGAAAGAUGUUAAAAGCAGCAGUUCAAUUCAACCUGAAACUAUAACAGAGCAUUAACGUAAUCUCUUGUCUCCCUUUCCCCUAUUGCUUUUUAGAAUUCUGGAUGAAAGCUAUUAGGGGUGUGUGUGUGUGUGUGUGUGUGUGUGUGUGCGCAAUUCAUCAGAUUUACUCUAACGGUAAACACAGUGAAUUGGGGUCCAGCUGCUAUCUGGGGAAAUGGCAGCUAUUUGUUUUUUAAAUAGCUCUCCGGUUCUCCCCAAACUAUCGGUUGCAUUUAAGACACAGCAGUUAAACUAAGACAGACAGUCUGUGUCUUCAGAGUUGAUUCUAAGGGGCUUCCUAUCACAAGAGAAGAAAUUUUAAACUUGCAGUCCAGAGUUCAAAAGAUCCCUGCAAAAAUCAUAAGGUGACUAUGCUAACGUUAAUUGGGACUGGCUAUCUUGCAGGUUGUGUCUUACGCGAAGUUCUUGUAUCCGACGAAUGCUCUCGUUGGCCGCAAAAAUGAUGUCCAUGGUCCUGUCCCUGUGUGCCGAGCCUCCGUUCUGCGGAGUACUGGUGGAUCGAGAUACAAAACUGCAACAGCCAAAACAAUACCUUCCACAGCAGAUAUUGGUAAACACCAUGUGACUCCUCUAUGCCCUUCUGUGGUCCUUCUGUGCUGACAUUGUUUUUUUUAAAAAAGGCAAAGGUGAUGAUGAAAUAGUGUCGGCGAUAGGUUUUGAUUGGCCAAAAUGAGAUUAGGAGGAAUCAGAAUAUAAAUUCCAUUUAGAGAAUUUGAAUUCCAUCUAGAGUAUGUUAGAGGAUUCUGAGCUUUCAAGGGUUCAAGGCCCUUUGUUAUUAAUAGUAGUAGCAUUAGCAGUAAUGAAUAGUAGUAUUAAUAGAAUGCUUUUAGUGUACAUGAUACUUUAGAAUAAUGAGCACAGGAAGGACAGGUCCCUGCUCAGAAGAUAUACAGUCCCAUUUCACAAUCUCCACUUGUAUUCUGCCUGUCCAAACUAGUUUUCUGCCCAUCUCACUGCCUGGUUCAUGCGCAUGUUUUCAACCAAUUGUUGUUAAGGAAGAGUGGAUAACUGGGCUUCUUCAGCAGGAAAGAUGGGAUAGAAGUUAUCAUCAUCAUCAUCAUCAAUUUUGUGCAAAGUCAAACAGACCAAUCUGCUGAAUUUCUCCCAUCAUGUUAUUUUUUUUAGUUAUUCAUUUAAUAAUUCCAAGAAGUUACCAGGGCAGUAGUCCCUCAGUAAGGGCUACAGACUUGUAUUUUUAUAAUCAAAAGGGUAACAAUUUCAAAAAGCAAAACUCUGCCUAGAUAAGAUACCAGCUUCCAUGCCCCUGCAGUAAAUGUUCAGGCAUGCUGAAUAUACACAAAGCUGCUCUUAAAUGCUACCAAUUUAAUCAGAUUCCCUUGUGGUUGAGUGGAAUAUUUCAUUCCUAGAUGUUGCUUAAUUUCAGCACUGAAAUAUCAGGACCAUCUAAAAAGAACUAUUUAUUUGGGCUUCAUAACCAUAUGUAGGCAUAAGGAUACAGGCAAGACAUUUUCUGAGAAUCAGGGCAAUGCCUUAAAUGGGUCUUAUAAGAAUCUGGGCAGAGUGCCAACAACCUUACUGUAACACUGAGCUGGCAUUUAAUAAAUAUCCUAUCCCGCCAACAUUUGGCUUUUGCAAACUGUUUCAAAAGUCCUAAUUUAUGAAUGCCACCUUUUGAAUUUGAAACUAGGAAGCCAGUUCCGCUGAAGAUGCAAACAGUUAUAGAAAUAUAAGUGAGACCAGUAAGAAAACCAUGUAAUAUAUAAUGCUUCUGUUCAGGGUUCUAGGAUUGUACUCUUUCAGGAUACGCCAUUCCAUCUAGUUUCCAUUUGCCCUCCCCUCAAGUUGUCAGCAUUCUGUGCCCAGUAAGGCCCCAUCUGCCCUAUAUAUUUAAAGCCAUAUAAUAUCACUUCAAACAGUAAUGGCUUUCCUCAAAUAAUCCUGGGAACUGUAGUUUGAUAGGGGGACUGAAACUUAUUGGAAUGCCCCAUUGCACCCCUGCCAAAGCCUCCCUUAUAUGGGUUGCAAGUUCUCACAGAGAUCUUGCGAGAUCUUGCAGAGUGCUCAUGUUGAGAUUCCUGGGCCCUGCAAAAGUGGUAGUAAUUCUGCCAUGCAGGGAUGUGGUUUUUUUAUGAUUGUUCUACAUAUCGGAGCAUCUGAAUAUAGAGGGUUUAUUAUUCAUCAUAGUGCAGAAACAAGCUAGACUUUGGGUUGAAGUGGUACCGCUGGUGAUUGGUCCGUCUAGCGAUCUGCUCUGAUAAAUGGGUUCAUUUAUCCGCGUGGAUAAGGUCUUCUUGAAUGCUAAUACUUUGUUUCCUAAAACUUUCCUUGGUUGUUACCUGAACCUUCUCGAAAGCACUUCUUCACAGAAAAUGCUUCGUUCAUACAGCACAAAAUGGAAUUUGUUCCCAUAUAGAUAUAGUGAUAACCACUUAGAAGGGCUUUCUUGCAUGUUUUUUUCUUUAAAGCUCUCCUUUACUGUGCUAGUGAACUCCUAGUACAUUUCUUUUCUUUUCUUUUUUACUUCUAGGAAAUGAAGUUGGGGAGUUAGCAGAAUACAACCCCAAUCUCCUGGAUGAUCCUCAGUGGCCCUGUGGGAAGCACAAACGUGUCCUCAUCUUUGCAUCAUACAUGGUACGAAGCUGGUGUAGAGCAAAUUAAUUCGCAAAUAAGGCAUUGUAGCCGUAGUGUAGUUCAGAUCCUGGGUUCUGACUUCGUACAACCCAGUGCAAAUAAAAAUGUCUCCUUUUCCAAAUUUUGCAUGUUUCAUUUAAAUUUGGAAUUAUAGCCACCCAUCAAUAAACAUUCCUCGGGCAGCUUCCACACAAGAUUAAAAAUACAAUAUAUCCUGUUUUCUGUGUGGGGGUGUAAUGCAAGUUAUAAAUACAAGUGAGAGGUGGUGUUUAUUUCAUUCUUCUGGAAGCGCAAUGUAGCUUUCGGUACUUAGCUGUCUACACGAGCUGUUGUGGGAGGUGGUGUCAGCAUUCUUGUCUCAACGCAAGGCUGAGCGGGUGAUUGAUUUCUUUUUAAUCAUUUUUUUAAAAUAUAAUUUAUUUGCUGAAUCACCUUGGCGUGAAUUUACCAAGUGGCUUUGGCAAGCCACCACUCUUCAGAGUUUCCUCUUCAACCCAAUCUCCAGUAUAGGAAUAAUAGUGAUCUGCCAUAACAAGAUUGUUGCAAGGAUUGCUGAGAAUGUGUACGAAGUGUUUUAAACCCAUUAAAAGUGAACACAAAUGCUAAGUAUUUCCAGUUCCUAGAGGUACACACUGGGGGAUCCUUAAUCAUGUGUAGCUCGUGACCUUUCCAGGGGUAUUUGACAGGUCACCAUUGGAGAACAGGUGGUAGGCUAGACAGAGCCCUUGUCUAAUCCAGCGAGUAAAUCCUAAUGAACUCAAAAGUCCCACAUUUCAUCUAGCCAGUUAUACGGGCUCAAAGUGAACUGUUGCUUCACUGCAUCAAAAGGUCAAGGCAUGGGAGGGAGGGAUUUGCCACCUUCCCUCACUCUCCAGUCAACCUCUAACAUUACCUUCUAGGCUCCUUGGGACUUUGCUAAUAGUCCCUAGGGCAUUCUGCCGUAGAGAAAACCUGUUCAAGUUCCCAGUCCUGCACCACUCUUGAAGUGCCAAGUAUUACAGGAUUAAGAGAUUACCCAAGAGCUUUGAAAACCUUCUGUCCUCAGAGGGAUUAAACUUUUCUCAUCAAGGAUUCUGCAAUGAUGGCCUAGAUACAGGAGUACUUGGCUGUAAUCCUGUACAAGGGCAAAUGAUGGUUAAUAGCAGGAACUUCCCAUUGCAGGAUACCAUCUCAAGCCAUCGUGCUCUGAAGAUGUGGUAUGGCUGAAGCUAAGCUUUCAACUCUGCUGAGAUCAUUUGCAGUCCAGCCUAAUAAUGUGUGGAAGACAAGCCUUGCUCUAUGGUUGACAAGACAGAGGCUAAUAGCCAAAACCCAGGCUUAUGGGCUCUUGGUCACAGAAGAAGGCUGUGCAUCUUGUUAAAAAAGAUGUUCAGUGCUGUGAGUUGUGAGAGAGUUAGCUGGGAUAGGAGACCCUGAAUUCAGCCUUCUAAGCACCACCUAGUUUGCCCCUUACUGUAGAUUAGUUUCUCAUGGAGACACUUUGAAUCCUUAAUCCUUAUUCUCAUUCUCUUUCGGUAAAGGCGGCGUAAGGAUCUGUAAACCCUUUUCCUUUAUUUUAUUUUAGACCACAGUAAUAGAAUACGUGAAACCAUCGGACCUUAAGAAGGAUAUGAACGAGACCUUUAAAGAGAAGUUUCCUCACAUCAAGCUGACGCUAAGUAAAAUCAGAAGGUAAAUUAAAACAGGGAUGGUAAAGAUGAUAGGAGGGUGCAUUACUGUGUUUCUAAACCACUUUGAAACAUGGUUCUUUCCUCCCAAACAGUAAUUAAUAUAUAUGAUUAAAAUACUUUCAGACCACUCUUAUGUAGGUUUACUCAGGUGUAUCCCAAUAUGUGUGCCACAAUGACCUCGUAUAAACUUGGCUUGACAUCUUGCACCAUAACUUGUCAAGAUCCUAUUAGAAAGCAGUGUAUGUUGCUGGGGUGUGAUAUAAUGGUUCUGUAGGUGAUAGGAACUCCUUGAUCAUUGAAAUCAGGGGUGUAAGACCUCAGGCCUAGGCCUCUCUGUCUGGCCCUUGAGAGUCUCCCCGAGGCCACACAAUUUACCUGCUCUGCUUCACAGCCUCAAGUUAUUUUGCCUGGCUGGAAGAUACCCUUUCACUCUGAUAAUGCCUCUUGCUUGCCUGGAUGGCAGGCAGAAAGGCAUAUGUGAGCAUGUGGAUAAACUAACCAAAGCUAACAUUUACAUCCAUUGCCUCGUUCACUUUUGUCCACUGGCAUCCGGCCCUUGAAAGGUUUCCGAGAAAGGAGUAUGUCCCCCUCAAGCUGAAGAAGUUUGUGACCCCUGAGCUAGGAAGGAGGGGUUUCUUGACUUUGUGUCUCCCUUCCUCUUCCCAUUUGGGUUAACACUCCUUUGGGCACCUGAAGAUCGCUACUUGGUCACACCACAUCCCCCAUCUUUCCGCUGAUAAAGAGCCGUGCAUGUUCUUUCCUCAACCCCGAAGCCUUCAAACAUCAGCCAAGAACAAACACUGCAGUCUUAAGCAACUUCUCACUGUGGCAGCUAUGUACCCAUAUCCUCGCUCAACGCCUACCUGCAACAUUAGAAUGAGUUCGGCUUUCUCCAGAUGCAAAUAAAGUCAGAGAGGACACUCCAAUUAAUGCAGCCAUGUGUUUGCAAUUCAUAUGUUACUGGGGCCUAAUGCAUAUCAUGUUGCUUGAUCCACAUCACAAUGCAUGUGUGCAACAAUGAGCCCUCUUCCUCCUCCUUCUCCUAAGCAUACAAACAUCAGCUACCUUCUGCAGUAGCUGAAGGUGAAGCAGACAAGAAGCAGAAAUGAGAAUUCAAGAAUUAAGAGUCUUGUUUCCUAAGUUGUGGUAACCUUUUUUAUAUACGAAGCAAAAUUAGCUUUCUUUCCCUCUUUCUGUGCCCACAGUUUAAAGCGGGAGAUGCGGAACCUGAGUAUGGAAUGCAACCUGGAGCCAGUAACUGUGUCCAUGGCUUACGUUUACUUCGAAAAGCUUGUCCUGCAAGGCAAGCUCAACAAACAGAACCGAAAACUGUGUGCUGGUGCUUGUGUGCUGCUUGCAGCCAAGAUUAGUAGUGAUCUCAGGAAACACGAGGUCAAACACCUUAUAGAUGUAAGUAUAGCCAGAAUAACAUCCCAAGAGUGUCCGGACCCCUGGAAAUGCUGGUUCUUGCAAGUCACAUUGUUUUCUAAAACUAUGCAUAUAAUUUUCGAAUGAAAACAUGUAAUGGUUUUUAGCACUGAGACCAGAAGUAGGCUUGUACCCUUUUGACAGGAGAGAUGUUUCAGGGUGAUUGGCAGGAGUGAGGGAUGGAGAUAGAAACUUGCACCUUGAAAUGUCAACUCUGCAGGAGAAAGGGAAGAGUCAUAGAUUACUCUUGUCAAGGGAGAGAUGAAGAGUUGCAACCCUGUUCAUUUUGCUUGAUCUCUUGGCAGCUUUUUAAUACCGUUGACCACGGCUUAGGGACUCAGGGUUGGGGACACUGUACUUCAGUGGUUCUGCUCCUACCUCCAAGGCCAUUUCCAUAAUGCAGUUAUUAGAGGACCCUUGUUUGAUGCUAUGGGAGUGGUCCUGUGGCAUCCCAAAGCGUUCUAUCUUGUCCCCUGUGCACAUAACUGAAACCAUUGGGAGCUUUUAUCAGGGGAUUUGGAGCGAGGUGUCAUGUGACUGAUACGCAGCUCAAUCUCUCAGUUGUGUCUGAAUCAGGAGAGGCAAUUGAAGUGACCAGUCCUCAGAGGUAGUGAUGGGUUACAUGUACAAGUUGAAGGUGAAUCCUGAAUAGACAGAGGUGUGAUGUGUCCCGUGUUUUCAAGUCUGGGAGACAGGUUGUUCUAGAUGGGGUUGUGCUCACCUGGAAGGAGCAGGACCAUAACUUGGGAGAUCCAGUGCUGUCACUGGAGUCUUAGAUAGCCUCAGUGGCUAGGAGUGCCUUUUUCCAGCUAUGGCUGGUUCACCACUGGAAGCUCUUUUGGACUUAGAUGGCAUGGCCACUGUACCCCAUGGUCUUGUAACUUCCAGGGUGGAUUGUUGCAACAUGCUCUAUGUGGAGCUGCCCAACAUGGAAACUUCAACUGGACCAGAAUGCAGCAAGCAAGUUACUGGCCAAGUUUUCAUAUAGAACUCACAUAACCCCUGUUCUAAAACAGCGGCAGAGAUUGCAAGUUUGUUUUCAGACCCAGUUCAAGUUGCUUACAUUCUUGUUUAAAGUCCUAAAUGACUUUGGUUGCAAGUAUCCGAAAGACAACCUCCUUACUAGACUCUUUCAGGUGUUAAACUGAAUUUUAAUGUUGUAUCUUUAAAUUGUCAUAAUCUGCUACAGGAUUUGCCCUUGGGGCAGGUAAGCUAUCUAAUAUAAUAAUAGUGCCACAACAGCUUUUAUUUCUCCUUUACUUCUAGCCUUAGCCGCCACUAGCGCAUGGCCCCCGAAAGGUUGCACACAAAAGAAUGCGGCCCUCAGGUUCAAAAAGAUUGGUGAUGGCCAAAAUGCCAUUUAAACAUCUGCAAAACAUACUAAAUACUGGUGUAAUCUGUAGCAACCAGCUCAUGUUCUGUUUUACUGGUUUUCUGUCCUUACAGAAGUUAGAAGAAAGAUUCAGAUUCAACAGAAGAGAUCUCAUUGGAUUUGAAUUUACCGUACUUGUGGCUUUGGAACUAGCCCUCUACCUUCCUGACAACCAAGUGUUACCUCACUUCCGACGUCUUACACAGCAAUCCUAGCCAAAGCUGCAUUCUAGCAGAAGUGCCAGUACUUAGACGCUGAUUUUUGGGUGUUGGCCUCUGGUCCUUUCCCGUGCCACAAUAUUGAACAAUAUUGUGUAUAUACCCGACAUGAAGACAGCAGUGGGAUUUUUGUGGAGCUACCAAGAUGGUGCAGACACCACAGAUUCCAUGUGUGAGAAGUGGCAGAAGUGAGACAUUGAACUUUGGACACUAAAGCACAAAUUAUUUGCCGCCAUUUGCCACAAAUGCUGCUGGUCAUAACCUAAUUUACCUUCCCACCCCCCACCCGUUUUUCCCCCUUGGAUAUAAUCUGUUCUUCCCUUCAAAGACUGCUACUUUUUCAUUUCCUUAAACUUUUAUCAUUCUCUCCCCACACCCCUUCCUUGAAUCUAAAAGAGCAUCAUUUCCAUUCCAAAACGUCAUAUGCUUCCAAUAGCAUUUCUGAGAAUUCUUGCAUUUUAAAACCAUGGAAACUUGUCUUCUUUUGCGGGGAGGGGAGGUGGGUGCGGGGCAGAAAGAAAGACGUGCCUAAGACUUAGCUGGGCUGGUACCAGUCAGUCUCUCUCUUGCUCUCUUUUUGUUGCUUAGUGGCAAAUUCUGAACUUAAACAGCAAUUUAUCCUUUUGCCUUUGUUCACCUUGUGCUAUAAGGAAAAGAAUUCCAUUGUAUCUCUACUAUCAUUUCCAGAAGAGAUGUAUAUUUGAAAACAAUAUUCUACUUGGUUCAUGAUUUUAAAAACUUUUCUUUUUUAUUGAAACAUUUCCCAAACAUUGCACUUGUUGAUCAAGGCAGCUAUAGCAAAACAAUUUCCAUUUUAUCUUGUCCUUCAGAGUGUGACUGAAGGCCCUUUGAUUUUUAUGGUGGUAAUUUGGCCUUGUAGCUCCCAAAGGUGGCAUCUUUUUGUCACAGCUUUGCUGUAGGCUAGAAUGAUGAACUGUUUUAUUUAUAAACAAUGUAUUCCAUGUAUUGUCUUUCCUGUGUGCUCUUGACGAGUGUAUGUGUCUCAGCUUGUGCAGCUGUCAUUUUCUAAAUUAAGCCGGUGAGACUAAAAAGGCAUGUCUGACUUCGAUAAUCUUUUGUAAAAAAACAACAACAGAAAAAUUGGUUCUUCCAAGCUUUUUGCCACUGUGAUGGUUCUCAUGAACCUGACUUUUCAUUGCACAUUCAGACAGCCAAACUCAUUGAGGUUAAUAUCCAACACAGGGGCGUUGAUAAAAAUGAUACAACUUCUACCACUGUUAGCCAGGUGUUUUUGGCUUAACCAUCUAGAUGUUGAGGAUGAACAACAUUAACUUCUUGUGCUGUAACAGAAAAGUUGAUGGCUGUUGAAUUUCUUUUCUAAGCAAUAUUGUGAUACAAGUCAAUGUGUGUGUGUUUGUGUGUGUGAGAGAGAGAGAGAUACUUGCCAGGGAACAAAAUUAAUAUUCUUGGGUGUUGUGAUUUGAUAUGUUCAUAGAUUUAUUUAUUUUUAACUGUGACUUUGGCCAGUUCUAUACAUCAUGCAGAAUGAAAUAGUAGACAAAGGUGGCAGAAUUGUGGACUGUACCAGUGCAGACACAGAAUCAUGUUUUCAAGCACACAGUACAUACACCCCAAUGUGUAGUAAAUCAGCACACUGGUGAAAAGCCAUGUACAGUAUAAAGCGUUCUUCCUGAUGUGCUCUUUUAUUAAAUACAGGGAGUUUCUCACACAAGAGAUCAUUCAAAGAUUAAUAGCUACCACCACAGCUGCAGUCUGAAGUGGUAUAGUCCACAAUUUUUAAUAUCUCUGCCUGUAGAUUGUCUCUCAAAAAUGGUUAAGUCAAGAGGGCUAUAUGACUUCCAGUACCCAGAAUGCCAUAAAUUCUAACUUGGGUAUAUGUAUUGAGUAGCCACGAAAUAAACCAGAAAAGGGGAGAGAGAAUAGCAAAGUUUGGUGCUAGAAACAUUUGAAAAAGGGUGUGCAGUGUUCAAUGCCAAACUCCAGAUAAGAUUAUUGUACAUGAAGAGACCUUCCUUGGCUUUUUGGUUCCUGUUUCUAGCACCUAUGCAUGAAUAUAAAACCAUUUUAUAUUUUAGAUAAGGCCAGCUUGACGUCACUGAAAUUGCAGCAAUCCUAGUUAAGAAUGCUUCUCUGACCAAGGCUUGUGUGUUAAUACAUCUAGCUAUAAUAACACCAGUCAUAGUAUAGCAUCUUUUUGUAUAAUGUAGUACAAGGAGCUAUAUAGCUUACUAACUAGUGCUGUUCAAAAUGUGAGCUGUAGUAUGCUUAUUUCCCAGUAAACUUUGCCAAUGCAGGACAUCCUAACUGUUCCCAAGAUAAAGUUUAGAAAUGGCUUCACAGAGUGUUAAAACAUUUAAUCCUCUGCCUGAAACUGAAAGAAUUUGCUUUUUUUAAAACCUAUCAGUCUUGUAUCAUGAACACAAUUGACUUGUAUUAACACACUGUGUUUGAGUUGAAAUAGUUGCCAACUUAUUCCACCCCCCAGCUGAAGCAAUCAUUACCUUGUCCAACCAAAAAUAGGGGUGAUGAGGUGAGAAAUAGAUUGAUUCUUUUGGGAUAUAUUUGAGCUUCUGGAGGCUGUAAAUUUCCAAUAUGACGUAUGUGAAUUUUGGAUAAUGUAUUAUCAUAUAUUUAAUUUGCACAGAAUAUUAUUCAGGCUGUGGGGCAGAAAGAUAAAUUAUUUUACAUGUUUUAAGGCUUGAUCUUCACUCAGAGCACGUUCAUUGUUCUGAAUACCCAAGGGAAAGUGCAUGGGUGCAUCAGUUCUGUUAGUGAACUGGAUUUAUAAUUCUUCCAAGUAGUGAGUUCUAGGAUGAAGACUGUAGCCUCCAAUUAAGAUCUGGACUCCUUUUUCCUCUCUUCUCUGCACAAAUGUACCUACAGAUAACAGCUGGCCCAUGUGUUAAACAAAGGAUUACCAGCGCCCUUUUAUCAUAUGUAGGGUAUGUGUUUGUAUUAAGCCUUCAAAGAUGUCCAUGAUCCAGCAUCAUAUACAGAACUCAAGAGAAAUGUUGUUUCAAGGGACCUAAAGAUGAAGAACUGAGUAUCAAAUUGUCCAUUUUGAACUUUGCAAAUUGACUUGUAUGUUGAGAAUCUUAUUGCUGUGACUUAACCUGUAUAGAAACAGUUUGGCUCUUGAAUCCUGUUGUGUAUGUGAAUUGAGGGGUGGGGUGGAAGGGUGCUGUUCACAUUUUCUUACCUUAUCUUUUUGAUUCAUAUUCUCAAUCAGCUAUGCCUCUUUGUGUUCCUUUUUCAUGCAAAAGCUGCCACUGUGUGGUAAAAAAAUAUUAUUACAACCAAACAUAGAUCCACUGUAAAAUCCCAGGCUUUCGUUGGAGAGAGAUACUAGUCUCUUUAACAGUUGAGGUUUAAAUUAUGUAAUCUUAUGUAAAUAAUGGUGCUUGUCUACCUUCAGCCCAAGAAAACACUCUGGACUGAAGUUUGUAUAUUUAUGUAAAUAAUAUUUUUGUGCUGUCGUAAAUUUUAAGUUCCUGCUUUGUAUAUUGUCUCAUUAUGUUCUUCCAAGGAAAUGAAUGGAUUUGUUAAUAAGAUGCUGUGUAAUUGAAUGUUUUGAUACCCAUUUUAUAACCAAGCACACCUGAAGAUACUUCAGGUUAGUGUCAUAAAUAUUCCUUUAAAAAACA